UUUCCAGCUGUCCCUCAGUCGGUCGGGAUUUCAGAACCACGGGAGAAUCGCCGGAAAGGGCUUCGGUGAUAAAACAACACCUCGUGGGGGAAUAUACAACAUUCAAUGUCCAUAUAAGCGCCUAAAGAGCUACUCUACCCAGUAUUUCACAAUGGAAACUGAACUAUGAGGUAAGAGCGGAGUAUAGUAUGUAUGGUGUGAAAGAAUGUCCCUGAGCGGGCAGACGUUAGCUUCUCAUUGGUUAGCCAGCCUGCUAGCCGCUUUGAUAGAUGCAUUAAUGCGGUUUGGUUGUCAUUUUAACUUUAUGGAGCUUGUUUAUAUCAGAAUGUAAUUAUGAUAUUCACAUGUUAAGGAUGCGUAUGAAGGUGGUCUGAGUAACAAGAGCGGGGUGGUACGAAACUGGAAGAAGAUGCAAUCCAGCGCAGAGCAGCAGUUAGCCACUAUGCUAAUAUGAAAUCACUGCAUCUGCCCUGCCUGCCUGUGACCUGACGCUAACAUUGACGGCUGCUGCUGCUUGUGGUUAACCUUGCCUGGUCGGUUGGUGGUACGAUGAUGAAGGUUGAUACAAGUGUUGCGACUUACUGGGUGGAGUUCUUCAUGACAAGCCUGUCGUUUGCUGACAUUCAUCCUGAUGUUAGUCACAGCUGCUCACCUGGCCAACCUGUCCAGUCAAAACAAACCUGAGUGUCUCAACAUCUGCCCGAAACCUUAACAAGCUUGUGGGUGUUGCGAAACUCUUCACUCCAAGUUCAUUUAAAUAUUUCAGGAAGUGAUGCUGAAUCAACAAACAGAUAUUUCCUGUUGCUGUAGUCUUUCGUUCUGGGAAAAAAGCACACUAAGUUUGUAAAGGAGGUAUUCUUAACUUUCCUCUUGAAUGACAAGACCUGCCAAGCUCCACCAGUGAGGGCUAGUUCCCAUGGUAACGUAGAUACUGAAAGGCCUGGAGAGUUUGUUUGUUAGUCACGUCUAUAAACGCUGCUUACCAUGCUGAUAAAAUACCAAAAUCAGCCUUUUCAUCAGCAUUGUUAUUGACCUACUUUGAAUAUUCCACGAAAUUUGUUCCACGGUUUGUUCAUAGACUCUUCCAGUGUAUGAAGACUACUUGUAUGUGACAUAGUAGCUGUUUUCCAUGACUGGCAAACUGUGGGGUUUGUUAAGAGGGAUUAUCUUGAUAAGGGCUGGAAUAAUGUAUUGAUAAUUGCUCAUUGGUGGAAUAUCCAUUUUGAAAAUUGACCAAAUGUUAUCAAGCAAUAUUGAGAUCUUAAUUUUCAGUAACGAAAGCCAAACAAUUCUCUUAAUUUUUCUCUCCAUUUUCUUCUCUUUAUUUGUCUUAAAUACCUGUCUUUGAAGACAGUUACCCACCAACUCUCAGUGAUGCUAGUGUCCACUUUACUGUCCACUUUAGACCAACAUUUUGUUCUGUUACUGAGCUUACUCUUGAGCAGAACAAUGGACCCAGUACUAGAAUUUAACCGAAUUAGUGGUUCAAAGGCCAAAUAUUCUCUGAUCCCUCCUGAAAUACAAGCUUGUUUAUCAAUACAAUGCAAUUAAAACAAUGUAAAGUACCUACAUUUGAGAAGCCUAAAAUAAUGUUAUGAAUCUCAGUAUUUUGAUGAAUAUUGUUAUCAAGCUUUUGGCAUCUUUGGCAGUGAAAAUCCACAAUGAAUGCCUAAUGCAGUGGUUCUCAAGUCCAGUCUUGGAGGCCCACUGUCCUUCAUGUUUUGGAUGUUUCCCUGCUUCAACACACCUGAUUCAAAUAAUAAGCUUGUUAUCAAGCUCUGUAAUGGCUUAAUAACGAGCUGAUCAUUUGAAUCAGGUGUGCAUGUGUAAAUCAUACCUUAGGACACUAGUAUUAUGCCACUGCAGGGUCUAAUGUGUGGAUUCAAAAGCAUAGUGAUAGCAGAAUGUCCUCAUGAUCCUGUCAGGGAAUAGCUGUAUAUUAGGGAAUCACAUCUAGUCAGGUGUGGGAGCAUCCUUUCAUGUCAGUGAACCAUCUGAAGGGCAUUUGUUUUUUUCAAAAGCUAAGCUGUUCAAGAUGAGGCUCAAUCUGUGAGUAGAUGCUGUGUCCAGCACUCCUUUUCUGAUUACCAGUAUCACUGGGAUUCAGCUGUCAAGCUUCAAGUCGACAAAACCCAAUGACACUGUCUGAGAAGAGUGAAUCAAAGCCGGUCUACAGUAAGCCUCUGGAAACAAAAGCUCAUGAGAAAAUUCACAGUAAUGCCACAGAGGCCCUGAAGCGCCACUUCUGUUGAGCAAAGGAAGAUGUAUCUGCUGAGAAAAGGCACCACUGUGAGAUCUCUAAGGGUAGCAAAAGAAAACCAAACAUACACUCUACAUAAAGAAAGAGGGGGAUAUCAUCUUAGAAGAAAAAUACAUGAAGUUGCAUAGCACCUAUGAAGGGGGCCGAUUUCCUGUGAACCAGGUCAGGUCACAAGAAAGGGAGGAGAGGAAAGGACCUCAAAGUCAGUGAUCCCUGAACCUCAGUCAGCACACCACAGGAGAGCAAAGGGAAGAGGGAAAGCAGGGAAGCUAAACCAUAAAUAGGAUCUGGAUCACUGGGUUUUUGUGACUUCUAAGAAAGGUAGCAGGCAGCAUGUGCAAAGUUUAGUGAGAUAAGGGACUCCUGAGUGGAUUUCAGUGGUGUGGCAGAGAAGGCAUGCUCUGGAGAGGGGUCCUGAGUCAUCAUCCUAUAUAGAAACUCAUUUUUGAAUUUCACUACGUGGGAUGAAUAAAAGUUUAUCUCAUCUUAUUUGAUCUUAUCUUAAAUGAAGGCUUGUAAAUUUGUUCCUUCAGGGGAUAAAUUAAGUUUUUGUCUAGUUGUGUUGUAUGUUUACAAAAGAGUUUAGGCUGAUGGGUCUGGUAACUCCAGACUAACAACAUCACAUUAUGAAAAGAUUUUUCAAACUGCAGUGCCAAACAUAUUUAAAUCAUGUUCAAUAAAUAGUUCUAAAACGUAUAUCUGCACGUCUACUCCAACUGUUUUAAAAUGACCAAGAUUAGAUACACAUUCACAUACAUAUAAAAUAAUAAUAAUAAUAAUAAUAAUAAUGAUAAUAAAAUGUGCUUCAAUUUUAAUUUAAUGCAAUCUUAAAUUACUUGUUGUGAUACUGAUUUGAGCCCUUAUCACCCAGAAUUAGUUCUGUCCUGUUUCCAUAGAGAUGCCCACAGCAGAUCCUCCAGACAUUGCGGUUGUCCAUGCCUGUGACAAAUAUCUGAGACGGAUAUCUGCUGAGUAACUUUCAUUCAUUAUGAAGAAGGUCACGAUGAAGCUCCACGCUGUUUCCUUAAGCGAUAGUUAGAUAUUUCUGCUUCAAUGAGCAGCAGGUCUGGAGACGCUGACGCCCAUGGAAAAUCAACAACAAUAGAAAGACUGCCAACGCAUGCUUGAGAAAGGCUGUGGCUAACAUUGGCAGAAACGUUAUUGAACAUCCCUCCCUGAGAGACCAUGACACCAAAACAUCUUGUGCAGAUAGAGUGAAAAUCGCAGAAGGAUAUCAAAUGUUUGAGCCCUGAGCAGAUCCUUCAGAAGCACAGAGGGUGAACUUAGUUGUUGUGUGAUUAAUUGUUUAGUGUGCCAGCUCAGGAAAAAAAAAAUUAGUAUAAAUGUUUUCAAAGAUAAACUGAACACUGGACAUCAAACUGGUGCCAUUUUCUAACCUUUUAUGUUUUUGAAAAUGUUCGUUUUUCAUAUGUUAGUUCUGUUGGGUCAUGUAGUGCAGUUGGGACACGCUGAUUAUCACUAAGUAAUACAGUGAGGGGUCUUUUUAUCUGCACAAACUUGACACUUCGAAUUGGCACUAUGAGACAAAUCAAUUAUGAUUGUGUUUUCAUGAUGAACAUACAAUAACAAUUAGAGAGAUAAAGAUUUGAACUACACAAGCAUGAGGAAGAUUUUAAUGAGAGAAAAAAAGGUGCAAAAUAAAAUUUGUUAAAACAAAAAACAAGAGAUGGCAGCAUGUAAUGUGAGAAAAAGUGAACAAGUUACCAGGAAAAGUAUGAGAGAAAGCUUAGUGACCAAUAGUCUGUAUCACAACAGUACAAAUUUAAAAAAAGGUAUGUUGUUGUAUCUUGCAUGCUGUGUUUUAUUUGUGGGUUUGGUUUGCUAUUAGGGCCUGCAUUAACAAACCAUAGAGACUAGCAAGUAUGUUGUUAUGAAGGAAUGGGAGGGAUGGUGUGAUGAUAACAGGAGCUGAUGGAGAGACCGCAGUAAUAAUCCUGCGUAUGUGUGUGUGUGUAUGUGUGUCAGGUGAGUGGGUGGGUGUCCUGUCAACUCUCAGGCCUCACCUUUUGGCAUCAGUGUGAUAAGAAUGUGUUUGAAGAGAGACGGAGAGGGAAAGACAGAGCUCAGGGUCAGUGUCAGGGAGUGUGCUAAGAGCCAGUGAUUCUUCAGUGAGUGAGCGAGAAGGCAAGAAGAGACUGUGAAAGUGUGUGUGAGUGUGUGUGGUCAAAGUCGAAGUUGUGUGUUAAAUGCAAAUGUGUUUUGAGUGUGUGGGAGUGUUUUUGUGUAAGAAAGCUGAUGAGGAGAAACAGAAGUUAUGAACAAGGUCAUUAAGAUUUCUGAAGCAUCUACAAAACAUUCAGUUAUCAAAAAAUAAUCUUUUCAAAAGGCAUGAAUUAAACUAUCAGUCAAACCUUGGGUUAUUAAUUUUGGUCUUUGAGUAAUCUUCCUUAUAAUGACUGUGACUAAGAAAACUGGUCAGCCCCUUGGUUGGCCCUCAUUUCACGGCAACACUCGUUUGUGUUGGGUUAAUAGGGUUACAGUUAGCCAUUAUGAGGUGUGAUGAGACUUGCUCAUUGACAUAAAAGUGCUACUUCCCUUGAAGGCCAGAAAGUAGUGUCUGUUUGAGAGCUGCUUUUACCAAACCAAGCUAAGCUGAGCCUAAUUCAGCUAUGAGAGGUGAUCAAACUUGAUUAUCAAGUUUAAUUUUAUUAAAAAAAGAGAGCCCUGUUUAAUGUAGCAUCCAAGUAAAGAAUCUACGCACACAUGAAGAAUUAGCAGUGCUGGGUAAUAAACUGAGCUGUGUGUUUAGUUUGCUGACAAGACAGCCUUUGGUUUAUUGACAUAUCUGGAAGUGCAAACAAGGAAGUAACUAGUCAAAACAACAUAAAUAAGCUAAAAUAUUUCCGUCAGAGUUGCGCAAGUAACCCAAGGUGAGUAUUUCCAAACCAUUUAGCCUCUAAGGCACCCUGAUGGUGUACUAUCUCAUCAACGGGUAUAUAAAGGGAUUAUUACAUUAGUGGUAAAGCUGAGAUAUUUAUCCUCACAUGUGUUUGCUAUUAUCACUCCUUUUUUACCUUCUACAUAUCAGUAUUAAGUGCAACCAUAGACUGUAGAUAGACUGUUUAUUGACAGCAUCUGCCUGCUUGCUGGGUGAAGCCACCCUGAGAACAGCACCCUCUGUUGAUGGGCUGCAGUAUAGGUCAUAAAUCCCGCCUCCUCCAGCAAUCCCUAUGGAGCUGUGGACAAACUUUAGAAAUUUAUUACACAAAUGAUACAUUUUUCUCCUCCCUUGUUGCUAUUUCGACAUGUAGUUAUUGUAAGACUGGCUUGUGCUCAAGUCCUCUUUUUUUCUUUACAGCUCAGUUUUUAAAAGUUAUUAGAGGGUUCGUGUUUUCUAGGAUUGACACUUCAUACAGCCUAUGGGUGUGCAAAGAUUGCGUAGCUCACCUGGGGGAUACGCUGUUUGUGCAGAGUGUCAUCACAGCGACUCUCCCGCCGAAUGCGUACAACGUUACUGCGCAAGUGGUGGUUCGAGAGCUAUUCGGCUUCAAAUUCGUAUUAUAAUUGAAGGCGAAGCCAAGUUUUCCAUGGUAUAUACAGUCUAUGAGUUCAACACACUGAUAUCAACAACUGAGACGAAAAAAGACAAAUACCCGGGGGAAAAUUGAGAGCGAUCAAUCAGAAAUUGUAAGACUUUUAUUACAGUAUAUGUUGCAUUAAUGAAAAAUGAUGCAUCGUAUUUUCAGAAUAUUAGAUCAGUUUAUCUUCAGAUGGCAUUUUGACAAAUUGACAGCGCAGCAGUUGUUGUUUAGUGUUUUAAACUGAUGCGUGUGAGAAGGAAAGGGGAUAUUAGAGGGGUCAACAUGAGGAUGAGGGGGAGGGAGACAGAGUAGUGAGUGUGAACCCCAAUCUUUAACAUGCUCUAGUCUGAGGCUACCCCAGAGUGUGUUUGUGUGCGAGGGGCUUAAAGUGGCAUCUGCCACCAGCCUUGACAUCAGACCACUCUAGUGACAUCCCAGUGCUCCAAUUAUUAGGACUAAUCCCUCAAACACAAUACAUGAACACAGGGAGAUAAGAGCAUAAGGUACACAGUCACCGACUCCAAAGAAAAUAUCAGUGUUAUUGAACUCAGGAAGAAGGUAUAGAGUCCCUCUAUGUAAACACAACAGAUACAAGCACUCAUUCAUCCCACUGUCAGUGAAACUCAUAAAUGAUCGGAUAGUACAGGACAGACGGAGACGAUGAUAAGAGGUUAAAGGAUGUAAUGCUGACUUUACACAGAUGUAUUGCACUAUUGUGACUUUUGAGUAUAUCUCCGCGUUUUUAGCAUUACCAUAAAUUGUAUAUAUUGUCUAUCUACCCUAAUUAUCUAUUUAUUAACUUUUGCAUCUCUAUUGAUUAUGUAAUUGCUUUGUAUUUUAUCCACUGCUUGUAUAUUUAUUAAUUGAUUUUUUUAUGGAAGUGUUGUCAUGUGAGUGUGUGGUGAAAUGUGUGGGUUGUCUGGUCUGCAGCAGACCCCUCUAUCCAAGAUAAAUUUCUCCCAUGGGAGACAAAUAAAGGCGCUUUGAUCAAGACUGCUACAACAACAAACCACUCAAUAUCUGCUGUAAGCAACUUUUAAUUGAAUUUACAUUUUUGUUCAAUUAAUCAUUUGUUUGAACAUUCUCUGUUUGCUCAUAGACAAACAUUUGCUGCAAACUGAGGUACAUGUGCCAAUUUAGACCCAAAUGCAUGUCCAAAUACAUGACCACAGAAUACUCCUCACAGCUGGUAACAUCAGCCCAUACCCCCAUUGGAAUAAUUGGAAAUGCUGCUUUCUAAACAAGGACUACUUUGAACAAAUAAACUCUGUUUCUCAAGAUGAUAAAUGAAUACUGCAGGCUUAAUGUAUGCAGUGAUAAAUGAAAAGGCAAAAAAAGCUAGGUGUGACUCUGUAAUUCCUGUUUAUAAUCCUGGGUGUUGUUAUUUUUGCUGUCUUUGUAGUUGGAGGUUGAAUGUUGAUCCUAGGCAAAUGUCACUUUGAUUCACAAGCACAAGCAGCUCAUUUACUGGACAGAGCUUUGGCAACCUGACAUGAUCUCACCAGACUUUGGCAGCAUGACAAGUAGUAGUCCUGGUUUGCUUUAUAUAACCAUCACCUAAGGAUAAGACUGUACUCUGUUUCAUUUAUCUCCCAGUGUACUGAUGUGCUGUACUUCUGAAUUAGUCAAAAAUGGAGCUGAAUAUAUGAGCCUUUUACACUCUUGAUUUUGAGUGUUACUGUGAACGCCACCGUGGAGCCAGCUCAGAGCUUUAUCGGUCAAUGCUUUUCUAUAUACUAAAUUUUUCUGAAGUAUUACACUGAGACACAUCACAUGUUCCUGUGCAUACAGCUUCUAGGGUUAAAUGUAGAUAUGUCUACAGCUUGCUAAAAUCUCAGCAACAACUUUGCACUUAGUAGGAGUGGGAAUCACUAGUGGCCCCACGAUACGAUAUUAUUAUGAUACUUGGACCACGAUACAAUGUUAUCGCAAUUCUAAAGUUCCUUUCACACCGGGACCGUUUUUGUCGUGCGAUUAUUUCGGACAUCAAUUUUUUUUUUUCGAACCCAUAUCCUGUCAAUACAAGCGUUCACAUCAGUGACGUUUUCCCAUCCUGCGAUAUUGCAGCAUUUAUUUUUUCGAAUCAUGGUCGAUUUUUCUAAAGUUUCGCAGACUGUGUGUCCACUUCUGACCAAUCAGAUUGCGUGUUGUUGCAAUGUCAGAUUCACCGGUAUAUCCAACAUAUCCGACCAGCUGAUUGUUUACGUGUCGUAAACUGAGUGUAUUUUGAAAAAAUAAAAAGUAAUCAGAACUGAAAACAAUCGGCGACCAUGGUCCAGUUUCAGCUCCUGAACCCAGCAGUGUUCUCUUCUUUUUUUGUAAUAUUGGAUGCACCCAUGUGCUACGUUUCUUUUUCUUUUGAGAAAGCAAAAGAAAUACCAAUUCGCCAUCACUUGAAGUUAAAGUAGACUCCAUUUUUGUCUUCUCGCUUCCACCCGGGACAUUGUAGGAUGGUAAGGGAAGGUCCCGCCCUCCUAUGCCUCUGAUUGGCUCAAAGUGCUGACUGUUUGGCUUGAGCGUGUGAUGACAUAUCCAGCUAUUUUAGCCGAUCAGAGGUGAAGGAGGCGGGACUUUACCCCGGAAAAGUCUUCCCCGGGAUGUGUCUUUUUUCCCCCUGGAAAGUCGCAAAAUCGCAUCAGGCUUGAUGUGUAUAGUCAGGCACAUCAAACUUUGCCUCUGAAUAUUUUGUGAUUUCGUGUUCUAUAUUCGUGUCGGCCCUGGUGUGUAAGGACCUUUGGCAUUUUGCAAUACAGUGACUACUGCGAUACAAUUUAUUGCGGUUUAUACAAUUUUUUCAACUGUUUAGCUAAUUAGCAUUUGUCUUUCCUUUAUGUUUGUCUUCUUUACGCAGUAUUUUAUUUUGAUGUAGCACAUCUUGCAAACCUUAUAUGUUUGUAUUUGUUGUAUUAACUUUCUCCUGCUCUAUGAUGUCACCUCUGCCAACCUCACUGGACAAACAGUUGUUCUUAUUAUUACAAUAUCAUGGAUUUGACUUCAUAUUAGCAAUUAAUUUGAAAAAAUCAAUACCAGGUAAAUGAGACGAUACAGUAUAUCACCAGACAAAAUAUCGCAAUACUAUGCUGUAUCGAUUUUUUUUUUUUCUUUUUUUUUUUUUUUUUCUGGGUCUGCCACAGCUGGUGACCUCUGCAGGUGAUUCAGCUCUGAGGGACACACAGAUCAUUUUGAGACCUGUGUUUUUAGUAAACAUCCUGGCAUGUUUUGCACCACUGUGAGUACAGUGACGCAGCAGGAGAGCAAACCAGGGUCAUCAUCGUGAUUCAUGGCCCAUAAUGUCACCUUUAGAGGACAGCACUAAUCGUUUUUCUGGAAUAGGUCAAACCGUUUUCUUGGAAACUUAAGUGACGUUACCAAACAGUCAUGGUCAAGUUGGUGGCCCCCUGUCUUUAAAUAUGCAAUCUGCAAAAACAUGAAAGGAUAUUCUUCUUUUUGUGUUAUUUGAUAAAGUGAUAACAAAUAAAAGUUUGUCGUUGUUCUCCUGCAGUAUAAUGGUUAAAACCAGAUGAAACAUCUACUGUUGAACCGCCUCAGUGUUUUCCCGGUGGCAGCCGUGAAAGUGUGUUUCUGUCUGUGAGUGUGUUUGUGUAGGGUGGGCUUUGUUCGUCUGACCUAGUUAAGCUGGUUACUUUGUCCUCCUGCUCUGAUGAUAAUGAGACACACACACACACACACACACACACACACACACACACACACACACACACACACACACACACACUAAAACCCUUCAAUAGGCCAAAGACAGCUCUCCACUAAAGAAAUGCUAACAGUGAAACUGUAUGUAGGAAUGACAAUAGAGACGGGGAUUUUGGUGCUUUGAACUCUUUGGACUUCAUCUCAUUUCUCUUCACUGUUAAGAUUUGGGGGCCUGAGACUCAGAAAUCAGAAUGUUCAUUGAAUAUCAUAACCAACCCUGCAUGAGAAGAAACCCAUCAACCCCUGUUAGACUGAGUGAACUGACCCUUCAUCUGCUGUUCCUUUAAUCGCUCACUAAGAGAACCAGAUUUCUGUUUACAUCACACCAGGAUAAGAGUCACCAACCCACACAUGUGCUCACACACCCUCACUAAGUCCUCGUCUGUCACAAUGUGUGUCGGAUUAUAAUUAUUAUGGGUUGUCUGCCGGCCAAAGUGAUACAAAGGAGGGAGGCAGGUCUGGAUCUGAUUAACAUACCUCGAGGACAACAGUAUGUUACACACAUAUGUGGAUGUGUUAUUGUAUGUAGGACGCUGCUUAAAACAGAUUAUACAAAGGUCAGACCUAAACCUUGAUGACAUUUGGAUAUUGUGAGCUUCUCAAGACAUAACAUCUGACUGCUAUAUGUUUUUAAUCACAAGGGUUAGGGUCCAAUGAGGAUAUCAGGUUUUUGACUUUUCUAGUUACAUUGCUGAGUUUGAGAUUACUCAUACACUUUAUAAAGAGCGGUCCGUUUUUCUGUGUUUCUGCCGAUGAAAUUGUACAAUUUCAGAGAAAUCCAACUUCUUUAUGACCACUUGUCCUUGUUGUCUUUUAGUUUCCAGUUUGUAGCCUGCAAAAAAUGGACUUUACAACAACACCAGUGGAGCCACAAGAAAGAAAACUGGUGUACACUUUAUUCAGCUCCCAAGUGAGAAUGUGUGUAAAUGAGUGAGUGUGAAGCAGAAGGGGGCAGAAAUCAGGCGAGUAUGCUCAAGCAGCCUGCAUAAAUAAAUGUCUCCUGCCCAGUUGACAUGCACCAGCAUGGCUGACAUGGCCCAGCCCCCAGUGGGCUGGCACUGGUCCUUAACAGCAGGUUGAGACAGUGUACAUUUGGCAUUUAAAAACUCCCUUAUUAAGAACCACUGUGGGUAUUUGUGUUAUUUCUGCUUUGGUGUGUGACUCUUAUAUCAAAACAAGCCUGUCACAGGGAGCUGCAGUGGUCUAAUAGGCUAGAGACCAAACAGAAAUUUUACAACAUCAGAGCAAAGGACAGCAGACAGACAAAUCAAGCCCAGACUCUUUUCCUUGUUCACUGUAUCCGCACUAGGGAUGGGCGAUACAUUAUCAUUAAUGAUGUAUCGUCAGAAAAAUCCUCCAUGAUAAAUAUUUGCCAUCUCAUGAUAAAUACAAUAAAUGCAAGUUAAUGACGCAAGCACGAGCGGCGGACUCACAGCCAUAGCCCACACAGAGCAGAAUAACAAACAAACAUGGCUGAAGGUAAUGAAGAAGACGUUUCUGAGCAGCUCAUUUCUGAACGAGACUCCACAUGAGGGAUUUCCUUCAAGAUUGGGGCUUUGAUGAGUGCAAUCAGGUAUGCCUGAAAUCGGACAGAGGAUCUGCUGUUGUUCACUCUGUGCAAUAAGAGUUUCCAACAAAUGUUGAAAAUGUUUUCACAUUUGAGACUUGUUUGAUGUCAUUAGUUUUCUCCAUAACCUACCACUCAUGGUUAAGUGUCUUAUUUGACUACUCCAACUGGUGUUCUCAAGACAAAAUGAGUCAAAAAAAUAUUGGGAAUCACAAUGUUUUUACUGGGACUUUAAUUGUUAUUGCGAGAAUGGCAAAUCUUAUUGUGAUAAUUUUUUUUAGCCCAUAUCGCCCAUAUUAUCCCUAAUCAGCACCUAAUGCAGGUGACUUGACAUCAUUUGUUGAUAGUUCUCUUUGAAAUGCUAUCAAAAAUCUAGUUUCUAUGUUGACCGUAGUGACAUGAAAGCCUUUUUGUUGGCCACCGGUGAAAUGCUUUAAUGUGGGGUGAAAAAUGACUAAAUAAUUUGUGAAAUCGUUGCAUUAUUGAGCAGGGCAGAAUGGGGUGAGGUUGAGAUUGAUAAGACUAUAUUCUCAUCUGUUUCAGGUGUUGUGCAGUGCAGAAGACUGAGUGAACCAUGGCACAGUUCCCCACCACAUUCACAGGUCAGUAUAUAUAUGUGUUGCUUGUACAUGCCAUGUCAAUGUUGAAGCAAGUCUUUCCCCCUCAGAGUCGGAGUCCUGUGAGUAGGUGGAAAGCUUCUGAAGACUUCCGACAAGUCUGUUUCUUCAUCGAUCAGAUCUCUAAGACAGAAGGUUUGCAUGGUUAGUUUUCAGUAAUCAGAUCAAAUCUGUGCGUCCAGACUCCAGACAUCAACAGCCUACAGUUUCUGCAUGGGUUGCUGUGGUAACUAUGUAGGCGUCAGUAACUACGUAAGCAAGCUGCUGCAGUCGAACGGAAACAUGAGGGAUGGAGAUCUAUCAUCUGACUUCAAGUUACAGCUCAGACUUUAUCCUUUAAAGCAGACAGACCUGGCAUCAGUAGUACUCAUACGAUCAGAUGUGUCGACUUCUUAUUUUCUUUGACUUUUUGUUUGUUUUGCCGGUUUAUUUAUUUAUUUAUUUAUUUGUUUGUUUGAUAGGUUAUUAUUUACAAAAGACACUCCAAUCUGGUUUGAGAGUCCAGGGUGUGUUGAGAAACGUGAUAUGGAACAAAUCCUGACCGAUUUACAGGAAAUCACUUUCAUGUAAAUAACUGCCCCAUAAAUGUUUUAUAAACACUCUGAUUAGGCUAAAAACAGGUUUUGGUUGUCAGCCUGAAUAAAGGUUCCUUACACACCGGGGCCAACGCGAAUAUAGAAUGCGAAAUUACGAAAUAUUCUGAGGCGAAUUUUGACGCACCAGACGAUACACAUCAAGCCCAAUGUGAUUUUGUGACUUUCCGGGGGAAAAAAAGACGCAUCCCGGGUGGAAGCGAGAAGACUGACACAACAGCAGCCUGACUGUUUUUCAGUUCUGAUUUGACACUAGUGUUGAGAUGGCUGUCCUUCAUGAUAGCAUGUACUGAGUCGGGGCCAGUACCAGAUAAGCACAUUAAACUAUAAUCCAUAAACAUAAGGUAACAACCGAGACCUAAUGGUGCUAUGACAUCAACGCGAUUGAGUUUGAGACAGUGAAAAUACAUGGUAUGUUGUUUCUGAACAGGUUAGCUUACAAGCUAAAGUUACUUAGCACAGAUGAAAGUUAAAACAAAGACAUUUAGCAAACUAUUAAAUAAGGCUGCACGAUAUUGGAAAAAAAUAAUAUUGCGAUUUUUUCAACCCUGCGAUAUAUAUUGCGAUAUUAAAAAUUCAGUAUUUUCACCAGAUGACCUGAAUAGCACUUAAUGUUAUGCUGCACUGCUGAAAUCUUGAGGACAGUUAAUCUGCUCUGAUCUUACCUCUUUUUGUGAAUGUUAGUAGAACGGCUUCUGUCUGUCUCAGAGAUAUUUUUAGCUUUUAUUGUGCUGGGGCGUUAUUGUGGCAACAGAUGAACACAGAAGACGUGUUUUGGUCGACAUCAUCCUUCUUUUAACCGAAAUAAUUCCAGAUAACUGACUUUCCUUUUCUUUUUGGCAACAAAUCUUCAUUUUCGGUGGUUUUCGCUUGUUCGUUGUUCAUUUUGCGAUCGUUGUUGUUGUUGUUAGCGGUGUCGUGCCGAGAAACGCAUGUCCUCCGAGAAUUGCAUGCACCUCGCAAAACGCGCACUGCUUAUAGUAGAGUGGUCCACGGAAAUGUACAAUUUAAAACCCAUACAGUUCUUAUUUGUUGGGCUUAAUAGUCAUGAGUAAAGUUCCGAAAGUAAUUCUCAGCAGACACACGUCUCCCUCCAUGUGCAGAACAUGUGCAGGGGUGGGUUUUCUCCUCCCUGAUUUUGAUUGACAGCUGGCAGGGUAGUCUGAUUGGCAACUGAGAAGUGAGUCUGAUUGGCACUGAGUUAAGGACGAAGGCGAUUGGUGGAUCGCUGCACAGCACAUGCAGAGUCACAUGGAGUGUAUCUCAGUCGGUUACCCUUGAAAUUAAAUGAGUUCAUUCACCUCCAAUAUCGCAGGCUCUGCGAUGUGACUAUCGCACACACGUACAUCGCGAUGACGAUAGUCAAACGAUAUAUCGUUCAGGCCUACUGUUAAAGCACACAAACUAUCGUCAUAUGAGAAAUCCGACGCUAUGACUCUCCACAAGUUGUCCUUCAGGUCGUUAUCUUUGUUUUGUUUGUGUCUUUUAUCAAAAAGCACUCUGUUCUCCGACACAUAAACAAUCAGCCGGUCGGCCAUGUUGGAUUUACCGGUGAAUCUGAUGUUCCAACAACACGCAAUCUGAUUGGUCAGAAGUGGACACACAGUAUGCAAAACUUUAGAAAAAUCGACCGUGAUCUGAAAAAAUAAAUGCCUCAAUAUUGCAGGACGGGAAAACGUCGCUGAUGUGAACGCUUUUAUUGACAGGAUACGGGUUGGAAAAAAAAUAUUGAUCUCUGAAAUAAUCGCACGACAAAAACGGUCCCGGUGUGUAAGGACCUAAAGGCCUAGAGGUUUUUUUUAAAGUAAUUUGUUAAAUAAAAUGUCAACAGAGAGCAAGUCUUGUAGGGGUGUCCUGAUACAACUCUUUUACUUCUGAUACGAUACCGAUAUUGUAGCUUUCAGUAAUGACCGAUACUGAUAUUGAUCCGAUAUUGGCACAGAACUGUGCAUGACAAGUUUUGCACUGAGCUGCAACGUCUUUUUCGGACUCCAAGAAAAAAUAAUGCCACAGGGCUUACAUCACUCCUACUCUUUGCUACUUUGUGAGUAACCUAGUACACACUGUUGUGUGAUUACGUGGGCUCUGCAUGCUGGAUCUGGGCGCUGCUGGAUGGAGGUGCCGUAGAGGAGUCUGGAGUGGACUGCUUGUAUCAAAGUGCAGAUAUUAAAUGUAGGCCAAUAUAAUCACAUAUUUUAUUUAUUUAUUUUAUUAUUAUUAUUAUUAUUAUUAUUAUUAUUAUUUUUUUUUUUUUAAUUUAAUUUUAUUUUUUGUUUUGUUUUGCUGAUAAUAGACCAAUAUCAAUAUUGGAUCGGGACAUCCCUUAAGUCUUGUUUAUUGGUCAUGUUUUAUAUCCCUUGUACAGGGGCUAUAGUUUUUCAUAUUUUGAUAAUAAUAAUAAUAUUAACAGAUUUGGAAUGUCUGCUUCCAUAAAUAAGAACCAAUAAAACUAUUGAUUGUCAGAGAAGUAGCUCUUUUUAACUAAAUGAAAUAAAGCUAACUGAUGGUUAAGAAAAUCCCAGACCAAACUUUGCAUCAUAUGUAUUUGAGUAUUGCAAAUGUUUGAUAUUAUACAGGAAUUUAAAAAAAAAAAAAAAAAAUAGGACAGUUGCUGUUUCAAUUACGCUAAAAUACAGUUUUAAAAAUUCUUGGCUAAAGCAGUUUGUAUAUAACUUUUAGCAUUAUCUUCGGACUUAAAGCAGCAGACCAGCUGGGCUUGAACAGGCACCUUCUCUAACAAUAGUAAACACAGGAGUUAAUAAAGAAAGAGAAAAGGAAACUGGGUUUUCUCUGUAACUGUUGUUCUCGUACUUCCAGUGAGUCGGAAUGACUCACUGAAACUGCCAGUAAAUGAUACAGGGAAGAGCUGAAAUGGAAGGGAGUUACUUCUGUCAUUGUCACAUUUUUGGCUAACGCUGAUGUUGAACUUUAACUGGUCAAGAAAAACACCCGCAAGUAGAGGUUACCCCUGUUUCAUUAAAAUGAGCUAAGGCAGUGGUUCUCAAGUCCAGUCCUCGAGGCCCACUGUCCUGCAUGUUUUGGAUGUUUCCUUGCUCCAACACACCUGAUUCAAAUGAUCAGCUCGUUAUCAAGCUCUGUAAUGGCUUAAUAACGAGCUGAUCAUUUGAAUCAGGUGUGUUGGAGCAGGGAAACAUCCAAAAACAAGUGGGCCUCGAGGACUGGACUUGAGAACCAUUGAGCUAAGGCAUAUUUACAAUCCCUCUGAUUUGUAGUGAGAGGAACAAACCAUUUGAAGUUGACAGGGUUCACAUCAUUGAAUUCCACAUUUAGGACUAACUAAAUAAACAACCAAGAUGGUUAUGUAGAUGAAAUUGGGACAAAAAGAGUUAUUUUUUCAUUGUAAAGCUGACCGGAUUAAUGUGAGAUUGAUUUGUAGGAUUUUCUUAUUAUCACACUCAAAUCAAGAAGUGCAAAGAAAUUAAGAUUCUCACUGUGGUUCUCCUAGAAAAGCCCAAAUAAUCCCAAAUGUAAAAUGUAGGUGCUGAGAGCAGAGGUUACUCAGGAGAGUAUUUUCAGGCUUUCAAAGUUACAGCAGAUUAAGUCUGACAGGUUCUCAGAAGUACCCCCUGCCCAGUUUACAGCCUUAUUCUUUCCCUCGAUUUCUGCCCCAAUCAAACAAACUCUUUGAAAAAAAAAGGCACAAUAUCUGCCUGUUCUCUUGUUUUUACAGCCUGAACCCAGUGUACUGAAUCAAAGGCUGAACGUUUAUUUGCUCAUCAGUUCUUCAUUGUCACUUAAUAAGAAUCGUCAGACAGGAACUGAAACUCAUGACUAACACAUUCUUCUCAUGCCUCCUCUUUUGUCUUCCACAGUUUGUGUCCAACUUGGUCUUGGCCUUCUGGUUUGGUUUGUAAUCUCAAGCUUUGUGUGUGCGUGUGUGUGUGUGUUUAUUUCUCUUGCGGGUUAGGUCCAGAUGUUUUCCUGAUCUCAGUGGAUGAGAGAGCCAAACAUGAUCAGCAGUUUCACAGCCUCUCUCCCACUGCCGGGGGUUACAUCACAGGUAACAGCCUCUCCCUCUCAGUGUCUCUGGUCCACACACUACACAAGUAUAGAGUAGGGCUACACGAUUAAUCGAUUUUAAAUCAUAAUCAGAUUAUUUAAUUAUGACGUUGUUAAAAAAAUUAAAAUCGUCAAACCAAUUUUCCUCUCUAUCAUGUCUCGUGCCUCCAGGCCACUGUAGGCUCCCCCGUCCUACGGAAGCGCUUUCCAGUUCCCAUACACACCAAUGUAAACAAACAUGGCUUCUGCAAAAGAAGGCGAUAAUUUCGUAGCUAAAUAGGGCAAAGGCGAGUCACUCGUGUGCAAUUGGUGCGGCCUCGCAGUUUCAGAUGAAGAGCAAACCACUCCCCACUGCAAAGUCUGUCUGAAGUCUGUAUCAACCCGUCCACACAGAAACAAGUUCAAGUGUAAAUGCUCAAGUUUUUUGUUGUAUCGGCGUUUCAUCCACAGAGAACUCUUUUAUGGCGCCUGCGCAUGUUCAGCCAAAACAACCUUUAUACUCACGCUUUGUACUCUUCUUCUGACUUUGGUGCAUUUCUUUGGCAACGUUUGGCAUAUGCGCUACAUCAUUUUCAGUGGUUUCGUUUUGAGAGAUAAUAAAAAAAAACGUAUUAUUAAAGUGAAGUUUGGUGAAGUUGUCACUGAAUAAAAAAUCGAGUUUUCAGAGAAUAAAAAUCAGGAUUUUAUUUUUGGCCAAAAUCGUGCAGCCCUAGUACAGAGUGAAGGUUGCAGGUUGGGUCAUGUUCACACCUAAAGGUCCGUUUCCUGAUUCGAAUCCAAGGCAAGACGAUACAUCUGUUUUGAUUGUGUAACUGGUCCGGUUUGCGUUCAUAAAGGACAAACUCAAUCGCUCCAAAAAAUGGAACCGGAGGUCUCGUGACCUCUGCUAUCUUCGUCUGUCAUGGAGCAUCGUAGGCUGAUUUUGCUUUUACUACUAAUCUGGAGUGCGUAUCAAAAGACGCUAGUCGAUCGCGCGCAUGAGCGGCUCGUUAGCCAGCGAGCGCGAACUGCGGCAUUAAUUAAUACAUUCCGGAGUAGACGCGCUGCAAACAACAGACGGAUAAAGGCAAGACGGCAACAGGCAAUAAUAACGUGUGUGGUGCGUUUCCUGUGAUUGGUGUGGAUGACACUCACACCAGAGAUGAACCGCUCCAGAGUUCACUUGAUAGCAGUCUGAGACCACCUCUUCAGGGGGACCAGAGUUCGUUUAUUUGGUCCGCACCAGAGUUCUAGGUCAGCCUUCACACCGACUCAAACGAACCGCACCAAGGGGUUAAACGCUCCAGGGUUCGGUUCACCUGGACUAAACAAGGGUGGUGUGAACGUGCCCUUAGAUGCUCAGUGCUUUCACCUGUGGUAGAGAAACAAAAACAGACCUCUAGUAAAAAUAACUUUUUCAGGAAAACAUUUAAAAAUUUCAGGGGAUUUGACUUUUCCCCAUGUGGUCUUUAGCAGCCUCCUUAUAAGGAUCUGACAUAAUCCUAUUUCUAUGUUUCUAUCAAGGUGACCAAGCCAGAAACUUCUUCCUUCAGUCAGGACUCCCCCCUCCCAUCCUGGCCCAAAUCUGGUGAGUCACAUAGUCAGGAAGUUACUUCAAGCUCCCAGACAAUUACAUCACUUGCGUUGAAAAUCACAUGACGAUGUUAAACCCAGCGUUGUUUUAGAUUCUGUUGAUGCCAGCAUUUGACGGUUGACUUGAUGUGAUGUCUCUCUCUCUCUCUCUGUGUCAGGGCUCUGGCUGACAUGAACAGUGACGGCCGUAUGGACAUCCACGAGUUCUCCAUCGCCAUGAAACUCAUCAAACUGAAACUCCAAGGUCACCCUCUUCCCCCCGCGCUUCCUCCCAGUAUGAAACAACCCCCACUGCCUUUGCCCCCACAGACCAGUUUCGGUAAGACACCACCAGCACAAGCACAGUGUCUGAUUAGUAUGUGUGAAAUUUAUGUGUUUCAGGGUGCGGCACGCACUCUAGGGAACUGUUCAGAUUUGUUUGCAUCAGCAAUAAAAAACAACUUUUACUCCUUUCGUAUUUCAGCUCGUCGAGAUAAUGACAGUUUACGCCUUGACUGGUUUCAGUUCCUCUUUAUUGUUACACACUGCUGCUCUGCUGAUAAGACCCUGCACAUACUCUAAAGUCAUAUUCUAGAUGUGAUCUUUUGUUUUCAGCUAACUUGUUGUCUGCUUUUCCUCAAGGUCGCUUCAUUUCUUCUUGGCCCUGAAAAGGUGUUAGUAAAAACUCUGUGUUCUGUUCAAACUAUCAAGGACAAAUCUUUUCCAAGGUUCAUUUAGGGGGAUGGUUGCUCACUCUCUUUCAGUCUAUUACACCCUCAAAUGUCGUGAGUAAAGGUGUAAUGUAAACACAGUAGGGAGUCAUACGGCUCCUCUUCUUCGGUCUACACUGCGUCUCUUGUGCCUGAUUAACUUGUACUAAUAUCUGAUGUCUAGAGACCUCGUUUCAAAGCAGUAUUCUCUGAUCUGCGUGUCUCUCAGGCAUUGCACAGCUUGUGUAUGCAAAAGAAGUACCUCGCAUGAUAAUAAUGUCUGUAUUGUUUAUCUGUCUGUCUGCAGGCUUGCCCCCCAUGGCUUCCAUCACAGCUCCCCUCUCAGGCGUGCCUCCGCUCCCCCUCCCAUCUCUCCCUGUAGGGGUGUCCCCCCCACUUGUCUCAUCGGCCCCGCCUCCACUCCCCCAGCCCAUUGCCAACGGAGCUCCUCCCACAGGCAUUAUGCAGCCCAUCUCAGGCUUCUCCCACACAGGUAACAUACUGUCAACGGCACAGGGGGGGGAGGCGAUGUGUUGAAAUGUUUGCUUUGUGUCAGUAGCUCUUGUGGAUGUGAGCAAAGGUCCAAGUAUCGAGGCUUCUGUUUACUCAUCAUAAACAUUACAAGUUACAUUGUCGACAGUAAGGUGCCAGGACUUUUUACGAUAUAGUUACUUGGGUCACCUUUUAAAGGAUUUAAUAAAUACCUCACUGCAGUUCAUGUACAGCUUUGAGAAAAUAAUGUCACUCUAUAAAAGAAUUAUUUGAUAUGACAGGAAAUGAAGACUUCACGAAGGUACAGUGGCGAGCGCUGUUACCUCACCAGUUCCUCGAGUAAAAUGAGAGCUGGGGUUGGCUCAGGCCUUCUUUGACCCUGAAAUGGGAUAAGCAGAGGAGAAAGUGGAUGGAUGAACAUAAAAAAGAGCACUUGUGUGUGUGUGUGUGUGUGUGUGUGUGUGUGUGUGUGUGUGUGUGUGUGUGUGUGUGUGUGUGUGUGUGUGUGUGUGUGUGUGUGUGUGUGUGUGAUCAAUUUUUUUUUUGUUUUAUUUCAUUACAUCUCCAUUUAUCCACACCCCUGGCCCUGGCCCUCACCCUUGUCCCGGGUUAACAUUGAAUUUAGGCCAUUAAAGGGAAGAAAAUAAGUAAUUAUCAUGAUAAUUGAUGAAUAAUAAGUAAUUAGAUAAAUAAAUAAAUUAAAGGUGGGGUAGGCAGGAAUCCAUUAAAGAAGCAUCUUUUUUGUGGUGUAUAUACAAAAAAAGCUUUGAAUAUCAGUCAAUAGCUAUUAGUCAUUGAUGACAUUUGGUAAUAUAAUGAUAUCGCUGUGUUUCGUGAUGUCUAUGUCGUCAACAUUUUAAAAUUUAAGAGCGCUCUGCUCUUUCUGACUGUAAACAAAACCAUUCCCUGUCUCCACCAUCCUGAUUGCUUGUGAGGCAGACGCUGCUCCCCGUGUCGUUCAGGAGCCCAAACAAAGUUAGCGUGCUACAAUAUCAGACAGUAGAAACCAACCAGAAAGUACAGAAAAUUGUCUGGAUCCUCCUUUGGCCAUGACUGCCAACACAAGCAAGAAAACGAAGUAAAUACCGAAGACCAAGUGUCUGUAACAGAAGUGUUUCUUGUCAAGGGGGACCUGCUGCGUGUCGUAGCGCCACUAAGCUGUUAAUCUCGGGUCCUAGAGUAUGUCACUUUAUCCUAGUUGUAGAAGUCCUGCAAACAUUGUGUUUGCUGGUAGUCUGUUGGUAUCUACAGGAGCACCAAUGCUUUUUACUUUCACGUUGACUUGGCCCCAUUUGUAAUCAUAUGAAGUAUUUAUCUGCAUUAUAUCUGAAUUUAAUUGAAACAAUACGAGCGAGCGAGGAGCGUCUGUUUGUAGGCAGAGCUUCCUGGAGCAGAGAGGAGGGGAAGAGGAGGAGCUGAGAGGAAAACUGGUUGGGAGGGGUAGUGUUAACAUUAAAGAUUUCUCCCCAAAACUGGCACUUCCUCAGAUCCUGCCUACACCACCUUUUAACAGAAGCGUCAUCAGUACAUAGUUAACAUAAUCAUGAGAUAAAUGGAUAAAAUGCAAAAUAAAGGAAGAAAAAAAAAGAAAAAGAACACUUGAUCAAAUGUAAACACUAAAGCUAAUUAACCCUUACAAAAUAACUCAAGCCUCUGCCUAAAAUGUCCUUUUUUCUUUCUGUCUCUCAGCACCCUCUGUCAACAAGUCAUCUUCAUUUAAUCGUUCCAGUAUCAAGCUGCAGAAGGGGUCCUCCUUUGAAGCUGCUAGGUAAGUCACAUGACCACAUUUAUCUAAAGCCCUUUGAUACAGAUCACCUGUAAUGUGCAAAUGUGUGGUUUAAAAAAAGAGUCAGAUAUUUUGGGUCUCAUUUAUAAACAAUCUGUAUUCACAAAACAGAGCCUGCCACAUGAUUACACGAUUACAGACUUAGUGAUCUAUAAAGACGUAUAAAACCAACUUUACAGCUAAAUGUGAACACUAGUAGUUAAAACCAGAUCCACGUGCAUGUUUAGAGGCAUGAGACUAAUCAGCAAAAGGGGCGGUGAGAGGGUGAGCUGAAGCCAGAUUGUAUUUAACUGCCUUUUACACAUUUAAUGCCAUUAGAUAUUAAACACGUUUGUUUCCAAAGUAAUAUCGAAAGUUGCAAACCAAUUGUGGAGCACGGUGACUGCAAUGAAAUCAAGAUCUUUUCACACUGUGCUGUAUAAACAAGUGUGUUUUUCAGUUUUAAUCUUGCAUAGGUUCCAGAGACACAACCUCUUACUCAUGUUACAUCUUCAUCGUUUGUAUAGAUUUACUGUGUUUCUCAGUGGAGUGUGGAAUUUAAGCUACAGGUGGCUCUCACUCAAUUAUUACACAUCCCCACGAUCUGCCACAGUGCAGGCCAGACUGCCCAUUAUAAAACCAUCACAUCAACACUAAUAUUCAUGAAUCAAAUGUCUGUCAAAGAACAUCAGGGGUGUUGCUGAUUGAUGUGAACGCUGUCAUAAUGUGGAAAACAUCCUGUGGACAUAGAAACACUACAUAAUGAUGGAUGCACUGGCUCAGCUGAAGGACGUGCAAGUGCUGUAGCAAUGUGGCGUCACAGGCUUAUUUUUAUUUUUUUUAACUUCCUGAUGUUAGAGACAAACAAAAUGUGCUCUCUGAUUGAUAUUGAUAUUUUUUCUGUUCAGGUUUCAUUGUCAAAAACGAUGGUUUCUUUGCAUCGACCAUAAAAGGACUAAUGUGGGCGCUUACAGGGCUGAAUACAGGACUGAUGUACAUGUGCAUAUUUCUAGAUUAAUUAUGAUUUAUGAAAGAAAGAUUGCAUGUAGGUCUGGCUGGGUUUUACACACAGUUUUAUGAAUGAGACCCUAGUUCUGUACUCUGAACAUACAGAAAUAGUUAUUUAACCUCGAAGUACAAACAGAUUUUAAUUUAGAUGCUACACUCAAGACUUCCUAAAGGGCCGAUGUGCAGUCUACAUUUUAUUAGCUUGGUGUCUUUUCACAUUCCUCUGUUUUCUCAGUGCUCAGCCGCCCUCUGACUGGGCCGUUCCUCAGUCCUCCAGGCUGAAGUAUAGACAACUUUUUAACUCCCAUGACAAAAUGAUGAGCGGACACCUCACAGGUACCCAACAUACACACACACACAAUGACAAUUUCAGUAAUUUUUUUAAGUGUGCACAUGUAACACGUCUGAUGUGUGUCUGUGACGCAGGUCCACAGGCCCGUACUAUCUUGAUGCAGUCCAGUCUUCCUCAGACCCAGCUGGCCACGAUAUGGUCAGUGCAAAACUCUGAUUUAAAUGGGAGUGCAUACAUACUUGGCAUUUCUCAAUGAUUACUGAACAUGUAUCCUGUCCUCUCCUUUCUGUAGGAGUCUAUCCGAUAUUGACCAGGAUGGAAAACUGACAGCCGAGGAGUUCAUUUUAGCCAUGCACCUCAUAGAUAUGGCCAUGUCAGGGUUACCGUUACCACCUGUAUUACCGCCAGAUUACCUCCCUCCAACAUUCAGGUACAUUCUCUAACCAAAUACUCAAGUAGGGAUGGGAAUUGAUAAGAUUUUAUUAAUAUCGAUGCCACUAUCAAUUCUGCUUAUCGAUUCAAGUCUUUAACGAUUCCCUUAUCAAUGCUUUUCUUUGAUAAAAAGAAAAAAAAAAAACUAUGGGUUUUCACCGAUAAUUCAAAAUGCUAUUGAGUCUCUGAUAACAGAUAAAGAUGUAUGCCACCUUUUGUGAGAGUCAAAAAAUAAUCAAACGACAAACUAUUUGUACAGCAUUUACUUCGGUCGGUAUUAAGUCAAAUACAUAAUACAUUGUUAAGUCUGGCAUGCAUUGUGCUUAUGUUAACACAGGACAUACGCACCUUCCAUGCCGUGCUGAGAUGGAGCAGCAGCAUCUGACAACCGGCAGAGAGCAUCGAAUACAUGCAACUCCUUAUAUUUGAUGCAAAUGUUUAAGCAUGUUGCUGGUGUUUCCACCUUUGCAUGUUAUCAUUACUUGACAAACGUUGAGCGUCGCGCUGUUGUCGUCUUUCUUAGUAAAAUGAACCCAUGCCCUGAUGGUUUCUGCCGACUUUUCGUACCGUCCACCAUGUUUCUUUCCUCAAAGUCUCUGCUCUCGUUCGCGUAAACUGGCUCUCAUGAGACCGUUUUUCAAGGCACCCGGAAGAAAGGAACCGUUUAGAGAAUUAUUCAGAUAAAAUGUAAACGAUGUCGAUGGAUUGAACCAUUUGGAACCGGUUCUCGAUUCCCAUCCCUAUACUCAAGUGACCAACUAACCCACAGAAACAUGGUAGUUCUGUGCAUCGCAACACAUUUGAUGUAUAAAUUAAUUAAGCGUGACUAUAACAACAGUGUGUGCAUUAAUAAAUUGUGUUUUUUGUCAUGAAGGCGGGUGCGAAGUGACAGUGUUCAGUCAGACCAGAAAAGUGUCCAAGAGGAGGUAGAGGAGGAGACGGAGAGCAGCCAGGACAAGAAACUACCAGGUGAUUGGUUCUGUACUUUGAAUCAUUGUUACCUGAUUACAGUACAAAGAGAUGAACACGUCCAACUCAACAAUACAAAUGAAAUUGAUUAAAGCCCAUGAAGUCUGUACCUGAAGAUGCAUCUCAUCUCAUUACAUCCAAGCAAAGCCUUGAAAAGGAUGACACUUUUUUUUACCUCGUAUGAUUUUCCAAAUAUAGAAAAAUAUCUAAUUUUGAUAUGAAUUGUUUUUGUAUUACUGCAGUGACAUUUGAGGAUAAGAAGAGGGAGAACUUUGAGCGAGGAAACCUGGAGUUGGAGAAGAGACGCCAGGCUCUGCAGGAGCAGCAGAGAAAAGAGCAGGAGAGGCUGGCUGCGCUAGAGAGAGAGGAGCAGGAGAGAAAGGUAGACUGUACUGACUACAUUAGUGUCUCAUGACCAUCGUGCCGGUAUUCAGAAUUUGCAUUGGUCAUGGUUUAUGGCUUUUAAGUGGGUCAGUUACAUAUUUGCAUUUAUAUCAGCCAUACUUCAACUUCACUACCCAAGUCAAUGUCUUUGAAAUGAAUCAGUAUGCAAUUCAAGUCUUGAAACACAGAGUAAAUGAAAACGCACUGGGGUGACCCAUAACAAAUACUAGAGCUGUUUCCCCUUGCUUGCUUAUCUCGGCAUGCUUUUGUUCCAGGAGCGUGAGCGUCUGGAGCUGGAGAGGAAACGACAACAAGAACUCGAAAAACAACUGGAGAAGCAGAGAGAGCUGGAGAGGCAGAAAGAAGAGGAGAGACGCAAAGAGAUAGAGAGGAGAGAGGUAUGAAGGAGAGAGCCAAGGAGGAGGAAAUAUGAUUGUAUGUGGGCUUUUUUUAAUUGAAGAGUUCUGGUUGAACUGCUGCAGACUAAUCACAACCUCUGCACACGCUGAGAGGUCUUUGACUGCACCCCAACAACAGCUCUUUAAAUCUUCACUUGACAGUCAAGAGCCAAACUGACUCUACAGCACAAACACACAAUGAUGGCUUUUAGUGUGUAAUGAAGUGUGUAAUGUAUGAUUAGAAUAGACCUUGUGUAAUAUCACCUUAAAAACUAAGGUAGCCUAAUAACACGUGUGUGUGUUUCAUCCAUUCAGGCUGCUAAGCGUGAACUGGAGCGCCAGCGUCAGCUAGAAUGGGAACGCCAACGCCGCCAGGAGCUCCUGACUCAAAGAAACCGCGAGCAGGAGAGCAUAGUGCUGCUCAAAGCCAGGAAAAAGACCCUGGAGUUUGAACUUGAGGCUCUGGUAAUCAAACACAUCCACCCAUAAAUCCACAGAUGAGAGAAGCAAGCACAGUGUUUGUCAGUCCGAUGGGUCACAUUGGGAAAACAGAGGACAGGGCAGUUGUUUAGAGUCAGCAGUAUUCAGCAAGGUGCAAACAGAUGCACAAGCUCAUAAUGUCCACGCAGGUCACUGUGUUAAAAAAAAGUUAACAUAGUUGACCUUCAGACUAAACCGGUUUAGAAAGACAAACCAAAAGAAGGAAACAGCUCUCAACUCUCUGCAACUGAAUAAUUUUCACAACCUCUGAAAUGUAGUAAUAUUUUCCCUCCAAUCGUUUCUCCCCUGACCUCUAGAAUGAUAAGAAGUCCCAGUUAGAGGGCAAACUCAAGGAUGUUCGAUUUCGUCUGUCGGCUCAGCGGAGAGAGGUGGAGCAGACCAAUCAGACGAGAGAAACACGCAUUGCUGAAAUCACUCUCCUGCAACAGCAGCUGCAGGUAAACAAAACACAAACCAUCACCAGCACGUCUUAGAAACUGUUUCCUGCUUAAUCCAAGAGUUUGACCAAGUAUUCUGUGCUUCAUGUUUGUCUGCAGGACUCCCAGCAGUGGUUGGGAAGGCUGAUCCCUGAUAAACAGAGCCUCAAUGAUCAGCUGAAACAGGUUCAACAGAACAGCCUGCAUCGUGAGUUCUACUUUAACUGCACUAUAUCUCCCUGUGCUGCUCCUUACUACAAUAUUUCAGAGCUUCCUUGAUUGGAUUUGUAGAGUCUUUUGAUUUCCAUCAUGCUUAUGAAUUGUCAUGCAGUUUAUUCUUUAAUACCUGGAUGCAGAUCAGCCAAUCCUAGUUGGUCAGUCAGAGGUUUCUAUAAUCAACCCACAGGAAGAUGUCCCAUCAAUUCAAGUUUCUGAAUCAGUAUCAUGUGUAAUAAUGGAUUACCUUAAUCAGCAGCUUUGUUAUAAGUGUGACAAUGAAGAGUAAUCAGGUCAUUAAUUCUGAGAUACACCCUGAGGUGUCAUGUCUGGGUCUUGUUUUACUUUGAGUAAUCCCCAACAGACAGUGUGAUUAACUCCUGCUUCAAUAUUUAACAAAUGUCUUGUAGAAUGGGGUGUUGGUAGGACACGUUACAGACUCCUAAUAUAUUCUUAUUUCCUAAAUACGCCCCCACUGGUUCUGAUGUCUUUUGCACGCACAGGUUUUGGACCUAAUGGCUACAGCAGUGUAAUGAAGCCUCACCUCAUACUCUCUUCUUUUUGUUUGUGUUUAGGUGAUAGCCUGUCAUCUCUUCAAAAGGCUGUGGAGCAGAAGGAGACCAGCAGACAGCAGCUUAGAGAACAACUAGAUGCUGUGGAGAGGGAAACAAGGGCCAAACUUCUGGAAAUAGAUGCUUUCAACACACAGCUCAAGGUAAAAAGCAAGUUCACCAGCAUGUUAUUGCAGGACAGGGGGCCAGAGGGUCUCAACUUGAAAAUACUCACAAUGAUAUUUCCUAAUGAACUAAAUUGUUAACUAACUCACAUAGCAGGGCACAGUGGUUUGUUUACUGUUGAGUACCAGAGAUUCAUGUAAAAAUAGCUCAGCAAUUUCAGCGUUAGAGCACAAUAAAAAAUAUUCAAGGUGUAAAAAAUAUCUUUCAUGCACUAGUCAUGAGUCAGCUGUUGUUUAUUUCCAUAAAGGGUUUUUUCGAAGGCUUAGACAGACCCUCUCAAUUAAUGAACCAUCUCAUUAUGUUGUGUUUUCACUAGCUGCAUCCCACACCUAUUUUACCUAGACUGAAACAGAAAAAUCCAUCUAAAGACCUCAAAAAGAAACCCUUUUGGAUUGUUGAUGUUUGUGGAGCAUAAGAGUGGAAUGUUGGUUCCAUUUGAUUAGUUUAACGAAGCCGAUUUGCUUUCAGAUUUGCUAAAGUUCUUAAUGCUAGUGAGCCAAAUAAAUACAUUUGAUGUAAAGGGAUACGCCGGCAUUUAUUUAAGUCAUGGUCAAACACAACGUAACACCAAGUCAGACACCCCCUCGAGAUGAAAGUUGCAGACUGCUUGCUUCUCUAGUUAUACCAACUUCAGCAAUGACCACAUGAUAGCGAUACACAGCGGUCUACGUCUCCAAGUGCAAACCUUAACCAAAAAGCCACUCUAUAGCCACAAAUAAUGCUCAGAACAGCACUUAACUUCAUCAACAGAACAUAUAGGGUCCCAGCCAUAGUACUAGCCACCAAACAUCUUUUUAGCUUUGCCUGGUUUCUUUAGCAAAGAGACUAAACACAACUCACCUACUCUCCUCCAGCAGCCGCUUGUUUGUGGGGGAGCCCUGAAAAGUCGAUCACUUCGAGCAGCGGAGUUUCGCAGCCCAAGGAAGAACAUUUAUGAUCAUUACUUCAUGGAAAUGCAAUCAGACCGAGACGCUAAGGCAGAAGAACUACCGUGUCUGCAGUGCAAAAUGAUUGUUUUGAUGAUUAUUACGUCAUGGAAAUGAUUUGCUGCACUCUGUGAUCGACUCGACAAGGGCUUCCCCCACAAACAAGCGGCUGCUGGAGGAGAGUAGAUGAGUUGUGUUUAGUCUUUUUGCUAUAGAAACCAGGCAAAGCUAAAAAGAUGUUUGGUGGCUAGUACUAUGGCUGGGAUGCUAUAUGUACUGUUGAUGAAGUUAGGUGCUGUUCUGAGCAUUAUUUGUGGCUAUAGAGUGGCUUUUUGGUUGAGGUUUACAUGUGAAGACAUAGACCACUGUGUAUUGCUCUUGUGCGGUAGUUACUAAAGUUGGUAUAACUAGAGAAGCAAGCAGUCGGCAACAUUCGUCUCUCCAGGGGGUGUCCAACUCAGUGUUACGGUGUGUUUGACACUUAAUUUUACUCCAGAGUAUCCCUUUAAAGCCAAUUAAGCCACUGACUCGUUGACUAACCCACUAUCUAAUAGGAUACCUGUCAAUGUUCAAUAGAUUGGAUUGUUUUUAUGACUUUAGUUUGAUAUUCUGUCUUGUGUAUCCCCAUCCUCACACUGGUUUAAUGUCUGCUGAGAUGUUGAAACAUUCCAUAUACCUGACCUCUGUAUCUGUGUUUGUAUUGGUGUUGAUGUGCUGUUGAUUACCGUGCUUUGAAGAGAGCUAGCUGUGCACAGGAACACGGAGUAGUUCCCCCGACAACCGCGUCAUACCGCUUUAACAACGCAAUGGUUCAUACAACGGAGAGAGGAAGAUGGAGGGGAGAGUCAGAGCGCAGCAGUCGGUUUAUGAUUUCUGGACAACUUUAUGUCCAUUUUCUUUUCCUUAUUUUCUCAUUGUUUCCUCAGAGCACAGAGCCAGGUCAGAGUGAGGAGAAUAAGUCCACCAAGGAGAAGAAAAUGAGAAAGACGAGGGGGGUGGGAGGAAAACAGAGACAAAACAGACCCCGAUAAAUAGAUUUUCUAAUGGCUAAUUGAGUGAAGUUGAUCACCAGUCUUUCUGUGUAGUCAACAUAACACUGGUUUGAGAGAGGGGUUUGUAAAGCUUAUAUGAAAAAUAAAAGCAGCCAGCAGUAUUGAAAACAGGUUUUCUCAUGACUCAGGAGGUGAGAUUCCUUCCUCAUCAGAGGUUUAUAACACUGAGAUAUAAACAAUAUUUGACAGUACUUCCCUCCGCCUUCCUUUCUACACCACUUCCUCUCUCUCUCUUCUGCCACACCUCCUCUGUCCUCUUUCUCAAUGCUUGCUGUCCUCCUCCUGCCUCUUUGAAACCUUGUAUUUGUUGCCUUCAUUUUUCAUCUUAUUCUUUGUCAAAUCAACAUAAUAAACCCUUCCUUCUAUAUUUUCUACUCCUUUAUUUAUCUCCUACACUGGCCUUUUGCUCCCUUGCCCUUGCCAGUCUCUGUGUGAGUUCUAUGCCAACCACUGUGCCAGGAUAGAAGCCCUGCGACGCCAGCUUCAGGACGAACAGAGGGGGAGACAGGUAGAGCACACUGCCACUACUGGACUGGGGUGGUAUUGCAGCAGAGAUGUUCUUUUAGAUAUCAAACAAUAUCAAAUCAUCUGUUAAACACACCACCUAUUGUGGCAGACCUGGAGAAAAGGGCAGAUAUUUUAGGCUCAUGGACCUGCGAAGUCCCACACAGCAGACUCUAUAAGAAGGGAUUACAAGUCAUCUUCUGUCAGACUACUAACUUGCAAGUUUUGGUUGGAAAGGCUUCACUGUCUUUAACACAUGCAAACCAGCCUUUAAAAGUGUCUGGUUUGAUGCACCCUUUAGGCAGCUGGAUGUAUUUCAAACUGCUGAAGAUUCACAUCAUUAGUAGAGCUGCAAAUUAGACCACUCAAAAGACUCAGACUCACAUCAUCAUUCUUUUAACCCCACAAUUCACACCUCUGUCAAGAAAGCACGCAACCCACUAAUUUAGAGAAAAUAAAAUUUGUUGUUAGAGUUUGUAACUAAUGAAAAAGAACAAUUGAUAGUAGAGGAUAAAUAGAUAUUCUGACUUGUUUAAUUUAUUUUGGAAAAUGGAAGCUAUAAACACAAAAUAUGUUGGUAAAUAGAGCAAGUAUUAGCACCAUCUUCAAUUAGAGUCUUUCCACUAUUUUCAGUAGAUAACAGUGUGUCCCCGAGGAGCCUUUUCAACUCAUGGGCCCAAGUUUUUAUCUUGCACACAAAAGUUUCUCCUUCGUGUGCUUAAAAUAACUACCAUGGUCAUUGUCUUGCACCCCGCAAUAUGUUCAUGCUGCCAGCAAUGAAGUUAGCUCAGCUGUGCAGUCAGUUCCACUCAAGUCAGUUAGGCCCAUGUUUGUUAUUCAUAUAAUGUAAUGUAAUCUGUUUACUAGCUUCUUAAUUCAUUUCUGUGGUGUAGCAAUGUUAUCUUACUCAUAGAUUAGUGAUUCCUUUUUGUGUUGAAACAUUGUCUUCAGUUACCAGCUAAAGGAUUGCUCUGAAACAGGUAUUAUGCUCCUGCUAUUAGACUUAGUAGUAUGUUGGAACCAAAAGGAGUAAAUUCCAAACAAAGUAUUUUUUUGUUGAUAACUAUUGUGGGCACAGAAGACAGUUGUCUGAUGUGUAAAAGAUGAAAAGCUAUCACCUCUGGAGGACUUAAAAGUUCUGUAUGUCACAGGCAAACCUGUUCUGUCUUAUUUUGUUAUAGAAGGUGAAAACUGAAACUGAACUUACAGGGCUAGAAACAAGACUUUUUGGAAUUUUGGAAUUUUAACAAUACUAAUUUUGUUUAGUAGAGUCCAAACAUAAAUGAAUGUUCUUAAAAUUGUCUGCCUUCAAAUGGGGAUAAGAAUCUCGGACUAGCAGUAAGAAUUGAUGUUAAAAAAGGGUAUUGUUUUUAACAAGAGGUCUUAUAUGUUUAAGGAAGCACAGUACCUUUAUACAAUCCAAAAAAUCACCUGUCACAUUGGUAAUUUGUGGAUCAGAUUAGCACUAACAUAAGUCUAAUUAAUGCUUUAUAAAUAGAGCGCUUCUAUAAAACAUUUACUUCUAUUUUAAAAAAAAAAAUACCAUUAUCUUUUUCAGUGAAGAUAUUUCAGUUCAGUGUAAAAGUUUUUCAGGCUUUUUACAAUCUACGCUCUAUUAGCUGACAAACGGGCUGACACCAACUUCUGUAACACAGUUUUUCUAACUCUGGCUACUUGUACAUUACUCAUCACUGUGCGCCACCAGAGCCUCUCCUUGCAUGAAUCAAUGCUGUGUGCUCUCUUUCUCGGUUUUCUAACAGUUUAAAUUCCACUGAAGGAAUAUUACUGAACUUACAUAAGGGAUUCAAAUGUUUUUCAGGCCCUUAAUAACAUGUUAAAAUAAAAUAAAAAUAAAUGUCAAAUUGUAAAAAAAAGAGUGUUGCUCCUUGGUGUUUUAGAAGUCCAAUCCACUGAAAGUUAUGACAAUUGUUAAAAAAACAAUCAAACCCACCCAACUUCGACUGUCAGUUUCCAAGGUUUUGUUUUGAUUUAUUAGCUAGAUUUAGACAGUGCAGACAUACAACCUAAUAGAUGGCAUUGGCAAGCCUACCUCUAUUAAGCCUUGAGUGUCCAGUGUUACUGUUUUCUUUAUUUCACAGAGCUCUGAGUAGUUUUCUGCCAUGAAAAAAGUUUGUACAUAAAAGCAUUACCUGUCUGAGUGUGUGUCUGUGUUUCUACAGAAUGGUUGACCUUCAGUGUGUGUCUGUACUACUGUGUGUAUAUAUGUGUGUUUCAGUGCCAGGAGCAGGGACAGCUACAAGAGUGUGUGUCAGCCGUCAGGGUGUGUCUGGCUCGGCUAGACUACGUUAUACAGGUCUACAUACCAACUUAGUCCCCCUCCCCUCCACUGCCCCCACCUCUCUCUAGUUCUCCCCUAUUUAUCUCUUUAAACCUCUCUUCCUUAUUUCUUCUUCUUUCCCAUGACUUCAAAUCUUUUCUUCAAUCUCUUUCUCUUUUUCUCUCUUUCCCCUUUUAUAGUCCCUCAGCAAAGCUGGUGUUAGCUCACUACUUAGCCAGCUGGGUAACUAUGCUCCCAUAGUUAUCUAGGUUUUAUGCAUUGUUAGCAGUCAUGCUAGUUGAGCAGGUGUACUUUAUGCUGUUGCCAUGCUAGGCCACUUUACUAAAAUACUGUACAGUAGUAUAAUGCUACUUCCUGUAUGCUACCAGGAGAUGUUUCAGCCAGACAAAUGGGAGCUUUAGACCUUUGUCAGGCUACAUGAGUGUGGACGCUUCACUUGAUGUGGUUGGGUGUGUGCAUGUGUGUGCCCAGUCAGUGUGUGACGGAGUGUUAACUUGGCCUGCUGUGUUGUCUCAUGUCCUCCACUUCCUCUUUCAGGUAACUUGGAGUCUUCUCAUUCCAGAAUUGUAGUUUUCUCUCUUCUGUCAUCUCUUCAAUUGGUUUGCUUGUUUCUGACGGUUACGUCACGUUGGUUGUUUGGCUGAAACACGACAGCUGCCUUGUUGUUAUAGUAACAGAGUGUGUUCUAAUGGCACAGCUGGUUGUCAUGACUACACAGAACUGCCACCACUGCAUCCCCAAACCCUCCCUCUUUUUUUGUUCAUAUCUAAUCCCUCCCUCAAGCAUAGUGUGCCUUGUGCAAGCUCCGCCUCAUUGUCAUAGCUGAGAAGCUGUACCUUGGGCUGAACCACUGCUGACCCCCAACAAUGAAAAGAAAAUUCCCUUUACUUGACCGAACAAUCUUUACUUCAUCUGAAAAAAACAUGCCAAGAUUAGUUAGGAAUUACAUUCUUUUUUUGUUUUAAUUGUUAGCUCAUAAUUUUCUGCAGGCAUUGAUGUGUCAUCACUCAGCAUCAGCAAAACAGCAAGUUAAAUGGGUUGUGUUGUUCCAUGAUUUUCAGAGUAUUAAGUAUUAUACUCAACAAAGUCAACACACUGACCAGAAGGAUAUUUGUCGAACAAGUGAAAGGAACAUUGGAACAUUUUCAAUUUUGCAGAUUAAGUAUUGAAUUGGCAAACCUAUUAUUAUCUGGAUAAAUUAGACUUUGAUUUUUAGGCUCAGUCAAAUCUUCACCCAAGAGCUGAAACACGUAUUACAUUGGUAAAGUUUGAAACUGGCUCCUCACAAUAACAGAGAGUGUUAAGAGACACUUCCGAUCUUGCUUCCUGCGAAGUAAAAAUUCGUUUGGCUUCCCUGUAGUCUUUUUCUCUGUCUGGUGUUUCACUCCAGUUCAGCUGUUGGCACUGUACAUCUCUAUCCUGUCUCUAAUUACAGCUAACCGAUUUAAAAGAUACUGUACAUCAACAAAGUUAUUGACGUUAUCUGUUCUCAAAGUUGCAGUAUUAUUGUUCUAUUUAUUCUUUUGUCUUUCAUCAGACAAAAGUUUAGCCAAAAUACCACCUGCUGACUUACUGCAAUAGAGAUCAGUUGAUGGAGUCGUGGUGGUAUUUACUUUUGCGGGUGUUCAGCUAACGGACUCACACACUUGCAGUUCUGAAGAGUUCAGAAACUCUAGUGUUAGUGUUUCUUAUGUCUAUGUUCUGCUAACCCAAUGAGCAGCAUCCCAUAGCUGCAUUGGUCACCAGAAUUGUCAACUGUUGCAUUAUACUUCUUUAAAUCGCAUUAAAUAACUAGUCAAAACAAAACUUUACACACAAAUCGUCAUGAUACAAACUAUUAUGGCAGGAACUGUGAAUGACAAACAGGUGUUUGACUUUUAGUUCAAUUUUAAAGUUUGGCUCUCUGUCCUAUCUGUUAACAUGGAGGAGCCUUCACUGUAGCCAGUCUGUAAGGGAAGUCCAAAAUGUUCUGGCUUUCUUUGAGGGCACAGCCAUAUCUAUCUUUUUAUACAGUGUUUUGAAUACUGCUAUAAAUUCUGGUCUCCCGAAAAGAGUUAUAACAGGACUGGGCGAUAAACCGAAAAUUUACCGAUAACGAAAUUUACGACAAUAACCGACGUCAUUUUGCCCAUAUUGGUAUAUUCGGAGUCAAAAAUAAUAAUAAAAGUUGUUUUUGGAUGUAUGUAGGUAGGCUAUGGUCUCAUGUCCCUUUAAGACACUAUCGUAACUCCACCCCAUCCAGUUUGUAACAAAGAGGGAAAGACAGAUGAGGAGAUGAAGGACGGUUGUAGCAGCUGGAGCGGUGCCUGAAGUAGACAAAGUUAAUGUGGGAGGGGGUGAGCAGCUUGUGGAAUGGUUAUCAUCCAUUUAUUGGUAUUGAGGUGAACUGCUCAAUAUAUCGUGAUAUUGAUUUGAGGCCACAUUGCCCAGCCCUAAGUCAUAAACUCCAUUUUUAUAGGUUGUGUUAACUCUUUUCCAUAACCUCAAUCAGGAACCUUUAGAACCUCAAAUUGGAUGUUAGCACUGCCAAAAAUAUACCUUGAUUGUGUGAACAUGAAUAGAAAAAUCUGUCCUGAGCACACAAAAAUGACCGGUUUCCUGUCUUACCUUUCAAAGUAGUCCGAAUACUUCAGGACAGAUAUGUUGGCUCUGAUGUUCUAUCACUUCCUGCGGAGCAUCAACUUGUUAUCCCAUCCCCGCACAAGCAGCAACAGUUUUCCCAUCAGCCCCUGUAAGAAUUGAAACCCAGUUAAUUGGCAUAGUUCUCAGCAGGUAUGUCUAAUUAUCACCUCUGUGACACAGCUAAAGAGGCGGAGCUUGCCUUGAUCACCUGACUAAUACAUAUCACUGCUACUACUGCUGCUGCUGCUACUGCUGCCGCUGCCGCUGUUGUUAUUCUUGUUCUUGUUUGAUGUCGAUGGCAACCCGUAGCAACCAACCCUCUGGUCCCACUUCCUCCUCACCUCUGUUCCUUCCUGUAUCCCAUGAUGCCUUGCAGGAGCUGAGGGAGAUCCACAGCCGGCAGCAGAGGCAGAAGCAGAAGGACCUGGAAGGAGACACACUCACACUGACACACACACACUCUCACAUGCACACGCCUACCGAGAGAAAGUCUGCUGAACUGCAGGAGAGCAGGUACAAAUGAAAUGGAGAUGAUCGUACAGGUCGUUAAUUAUUUCUAUGAUGCUACGAUAAAAUAGGGCAUUUUUGUGUGACACCAUGAAAAAUUAAUUGUUUUAAUCAUCCGAUGUGCCUCUUCCUCUCAUCUCCUAGAUUGUCAUCAGAAGAGGGCGCAGCCUGGAGGGAUGAAACAGCAGGCUCUGCUCCUCGAGCCUCUAGCCCUGCCUCCAUCUCUGCACCCCAUGCCUGGCUGAACCGAGUGACUCAGGAAGAGGAGGAGAGAAAAAGGAGAGGACUAGAAGAGGAGGAAGAGGGCCGAAAAGGAGCAGGAUCAGGAGAAGAGAAGGAGGACGAGGGAAGAGGAAAGAAGGACAUGCAGGAGAAACUGAACAAGCUGUUCAGCCAGCCCGCUGACCCCUGGGCAUCAACAGGUUUGUACGGUCAUGUUAUAAAUGCACAAAUGGAAGAGUAAGGCCGAUUCCAUUACACAGUGGAUGUGAGGCUUGGGUAUUAAAAAUAAUCAACAUUAUUUUCUGUGAAUUUUCAGUGGAAAAGGCUCCAGGACCAAGUCUGUUUGACCAGAAGGCGCCAGUCAGUAGUUUUGACCAGCAGCAGUCAGUGAAGGUGGUUUACUACAGAGCCUUGUAUCCAUUCGAUGCUCGCAGCCAUGAUGAGAUCAGUAUCACUCCCGGAGACGUAAUCAUGGUAUGAACCAUUUUAAGCACAUUUUCACUGUUAAGGGUCUGUGGAAUAUCAAAACUGUGUAUCUGCUAAUUUUGCGUCAGUAACGACUCUUGAAUACUGCGUGUGUUUCGAUUAAAGCCAUUUGUGUCAAUGCGUGUCUGUUUCUCUUGGACUCUGCCCUCUCUGCCCUGAGUCUGACUGUAGGCUGUGUGAAUUAACUGUGUCCUUUCUCCUCUGCUGUGCAAACUGAAGGUGAAGGGGGAAUGGGUAAGUUCCUGCCCCCGUCUAGUGUUGUGCCUCCACCAAUUCCAAGCCAGCACCCACGUGUGAACUCGUGCUGUCAUUGGUUCAUCUCAUGUCAUCAUGGUGUCAUUCAUUUACCAGUGAAUGAAUGUCUUUAAAUCAGUCAUUUUUACCACAAAGACCUACCUUGUUUUUUUUUACACCUUUUGUUUUUAUAAGGAAAAUAAUUAUUUGUUUUACAAUAACCAACACAGAAGCCUUUCUCAGCUGAGGCUACAGCUACAUGUAAUAAAACCACUUUUUUUAAAGCAUUGUUGGAUGACUGGAUCUUUUCAUCCAGCAUGUCUUUCUUUGAAUUCUGUGACAUUAUUCCUUAUCCAGAGAAAACAAACAACAUUAACUUGACCGCUCGCAGUUAAGUUAAAUCAAAUUCGAUAACCGAAUUUGCUUGUUUCUUGUCUGUGCUUGCAGCUGCUGUGCUUCCAAGUUUUGCAGCUUUGUACUGCAGCCACUGCCUCUCUGCACUCCCGUGGGCAACUUUUUGUAUUUGCACCAGCAUGCACAGAUCUGGUGUUCAUGAUGAGAAGGUGUUAAACACUCUCAAAACUGCUAUCGUGAUUGGAGAUCACGUCAGUGUUUAAAUGAAUAGAUCGAAUGAUUGAGUUUGACAGUUGAUUGAGAAGGUCUUAAAGCAUUUGAUUUUACAAUAUUUAUAAUAAAAGAAGUGAGAGGGGUCUGGCUGCAGACCUCCACUGAGAGAACCUGAGGCGACAUUUUUUCUCACGCACUCCAGUUUGUUUUAAGUGGUCGUCCCGUUUUGUAUUUUGUCUUUGUUGAACAUGAAAACACAGAAAAUCAUAUUUACAUUAUACAGUGCUCAGCAUAAAUGAGCACACCCCUUCAGAGUUGUCAGAAAACCUUUAGUUUCCAUUCAAAAUCAACAUUUUCUAUGUCAAACUAUACAACAAAAUACCCCCCUCCCAAAUGUAGGCUAUUGAAUGCAAACAAGAGUUUUUAAGUUGCAUAAAAAAAGUUUUUUUUUUUUUUUCCAUUUGAAAUCAGGAUACAAAAGUGAGUACACUCCAAUCAAAGUUCUGGGAGCGAAGCUAAAUUUUAGUUACCACACCACCCUUAUUUUCAUCUUAUGGUAAAUAAAAUGUUAUAUUAAACUCAAAACUUUGAGAAUUGUACUUUUGCUCAUAUGUAGAAAUUGAGUAAUGCGUAACUUUUAUUAGGGGAUGUACUGACUUAUUCUGGGCAUUGUAUACAUAGAAUAAAGCCUCAAGGUAAAUAAUUAUAUUCACACAAAACAAAAAUACAUUCUUCCUGGUGCAAUCGCUUUUCAUUUGAAAGGCUUCGAAUCAACUUAGGAGGUACAAAAAAAAAAAAACGUACUCCAGGUUUGUUUGCUUUUAUUUUGUAAGGUUUCAAACAACUUCUAGUCCUCUCAGUGGAGGUGGGUCCUCUCAGUAGAGGUCUGCAGCUAGACUGUCUUGGAAAAAGCAAAUAACUACAACCAGACUGAAGAAAUAAGAGUGUGAAGUUUACAUUUACUUUGUCACAGGACCAUCUACUUAUUUGUUAAACAUACCCACUGAGUUCCAACUCUGAACGUCUGCUGCUGCUGCUGCUGGUGUAGCCAUUAUUUUUUCCACCACUGCAUUGUUCUGCCAUGGGUCUGAACUCAAUCUCAUUUUCCAUCAGUUUAAGCCUUCAGUGCGUUUUAGCAUUGACUUUCUUUAAUCCCCUCUCACCUCUCUACAGGUGGACGAAUCUCAAACAGGGGAACCCGGUUGGUUGGGAGGAGAGCUCAGAGGGCGAACCGGUUGGUUUCCAGCCAAUUACGCUGAACGGAUAUCCGAAAGUGAAGCGCCAAUCAGUCUGCGUGCAGCCACUUCAGUUACACCCACCUCAGCCCAGCAGCCAAUGACCACACCUCCCCCAGCUCCUGGACACAACACUUCCUCCACAUCCUCCGCCAACAGUAACUGGGCUGAUUUUAGCACCAAGUAAGUCAUGCUGGGGCUUUAGUCGUCCAAGUAGAGACAAAAUUUUACAAAUCUGAUGCUAAUCUAUCCUUCAAUCAGUGAAGAUGAAUGAAUUUACAUGUAAAUCCUCAACAGCAAAAAGAUGUUCAAACACGAACUAACAAACAGCUUCAUUUCUGCUGUGAUUUAUUUGCACUCCAGUUCCAAUGUGACUAUUUAAAUCAUGUAUAAUCUCCGUGUUGAAGAGCAUAGUAUUCAGCGGACUUACUGCAGUACUCCUAAUAUUUGUGUGUCAUCUGUAUUUCCAGUUGGCCCUCCAACACAGCCAGUCAGUCCGACAGUGAAGGAUGGGACGCAUGGCCGACUUCUUCAGCCAGUCAGAACCCUUCACUCAGCGUUCCUUCAGCACAGCUACGGCAACGCUCAGCCUUCACACCUGCUACCAUGACAACGGGCUCUUCUCCCUCUCCUGUGCUUGGACAGGUAUUGGCAUAAUUGAACAUGUUCAUGACAGUCUUAGCUUAUCAUAACAAUGGUAGAUUCUUGAUCCUCAAACGUGAUCCCUAAAUAAACCAAUGUUCUAUUAAUCUUGAAAAAUCUCCCUUUGUAUGUGCACAUUUGACUAAAAAUGAUAUGUGCUGUCACUGUCUGUCAGGGAGAAAAGGUAGAAGGUCUGCAGGCUCAGGCUUUGUAUCCAUGGAGAGCAAAGAAGGAUAACCACCUCAACUUUAACAAAAAUGAGGUAAAUAAUCGUCCCUGCAUAUUAAUUUACAGUGAAUUAUUAGCUUUGGAUUGCUGACUCUUGCAUCAAUCAGUCUACACGUCUGAUAUGGUGAGGAGAACUUAAAGUCAUUGUUUUUAAUUGUAUGCAGAUAAUAACAGUGCUGGAGCAGCAGGACAUGUGGUGGUUAGGUGAGCUGCAAACCGGACAGAGAGGCUGGUUCCCCAAAAGUUACGUGAAGCUCAUCUCUGCCACCAUGGGGGCACCUGUUAGUGUCGCAUCACGCAGUAAAAACUCAAGGUAGGUUCAAAGUACAUCCAAAAUAAUUGGGUCUGUGAACAUUGAGCUUUUUAUGGUCCAUUUCCAACAUUUUUUUUGAGUUUACAGUUUGAUGUUACAGGAUGUACCUGUAGAUCUUUAGACAGUCAUCAGUUUGUCAGAAAUGUUUAGCUAGCAAAACUCAACAAAGUCACUGAAAAAAACUUAUUCAGUAAGUUUAAGAGCAGCUAUAUUUUAUGUUACUUCCAUGGAGAUUAAAUGUUGUGUCACAGUUGAAAGAUGGUUGUUUUUGUCCUUUCUAGUGAAUCUGGAAUAUCAGAAAGCCCACCAAAUGGGAAGCGCCCCUCCCCCUCCCCAACAAAACCCUCUGAAUCUGGAGAAGGUAACACACACAAACAUGCGAUGGCAUAAUCACAUUGUAAAGGUUGAGAAAGCUGCUGUUAACCACCAUGUCUUUGUACAUCUGCACAGAGUAUGUGGCCAUGUAUACAUAUGAGAGCAGUGAACAAGGGGAUCUCAGUUUCCAGCAAGGAGAUGUCGUCGUGGUGACCAGGAAAGAAGGCGACUGGUGGACAGGCAUGGUUGGAGGAAAGACAGGAGUCUUUCCCUCCAACUAUGUCAAGCCCCGAGACUCAGCCUCUGAGGUAAGGUUAAGUUGGACCAAAACCAGGGAUGUUUUCUAAGUCUAUCUCACUGAAGGUUUUUUGUUUUUUUUUUAAAUCUUGUUCCUUUUCUUUCUAGUCUCUGGGACCAGCAGGAAAGACAGGGAGCCUAGGAAAGAAACCAGGUGAGAUUUUACUUACUCUAUGAAGCUGAUUUAUAACAGGUAAUGAGAGUUCUCUGCUUAUUCUCCCUGUUUUUCCACAUUUUAUGUUUAAUUUUGUGGUAUAAAAAGUUCUUUCUUAAAUCAUCAAUUGUUUCACUUUGAGCCAGAUUUUAACACCCUUUUUAUAUUCCAUAAUCCCCGCAAAAUUAAGGAAUCAGUAAUUAAGACUCACAAAUUUACCAGAACACAUAGAUUCCAGGAGCGGAAUAGCACAUCUACAGCAUCAUCUUUCUUUUCUUCAUCUCUCUGUCUGUCUCUUCAUCAGAAAUCGCUCAGGUGAUCGCCCCCUACAGCGCUACAGGAGCCGAGCAGCUGACGUUGGCUCCAGGACAGCUCAUCCUCAUCAGGAAAAAGAACCCAGGGGGCUGGUGGGAAGGCGAGCUACAGGUAAACAAAAGAAUCAUAAUAUGAAAACUCUCUUCCUGUUCUAAGUGUUUUUCUUUUGUAUUUCUGAAAGUGAAACAAAAGUUACAUUUACAUAAUAUAGAUUUACUAAGGUGACCCUUGUAUUCUAUUUCAUAUAUACGUACAGACUAAAUGGAGGUAAAUGUGAGGCAGUCAGCAUAAUAAUGGAACAUGCAGGCUUAUUUUGCACAUAUUUUGACUGAAUUCAUUAUAUGCCAUGAUAUUUCCAGGCUCGGGGGAAAAAGCGACAGAUAGGUUGGUUCCCAGCCAACUACGUGAAGCUGCUCAGUCCCAGCACCAGCAAGACAACACCAACAGAGCCCACCCCUCCUAAACUGGCUCCUGCCAGCACAGGUACACUCACAUUUACACAUACGCAAAUAAAAGACUUCAAAGCAGAAAAGAAAACUAAACCUUUGGGUUCAUUUUGUUGUUCGGUGCUUAUUGCCUGAGCUCUUGUGCUCUGCUAUGUCAUGUAUUUUUUAUUUUGUAAACAGUGAUUGUAGUUGUAUGCAUCUAUGUAUGACUGUUCUCUAUAAACUGUAUUGCUGCCUGUCUUGUCCAGGAUACUCUUGUAAAAGAGAUUUUUAAUCUUGCGUUAUUCUCCUGGUUGGAUUCAGGUAAAAGGAAAAUUUAAAAAGUAAAUUAAUACAUUUUAAACCCUCUGUACCAUAUUUGAGUACACCUCAACACAAGUCACCAUUGCACCGCUGCAGCUUGCUGUACAGUAUCCAUAAUAUCCAAUGACAAUGUCUAAAGUAUCCUAGAAACUAAAUGUUUUGUACUAACAUUCAACCCUUAACACAAGCUCACUUUGUGGGAAAGCAGUUUUACACUCUGUAUUGCUUAAAUAAUGGUUAAAGCUUAGAUUUACUCAAACUGCAGGAGGAACCAGAACCAGGCCUUUAGUGGAAGCAGGCUUUUAUUGAAAGCUGAACUUGAUAUCCAAUUCCCCUUGUUUGAUAAUUGUAAUUGUAGCACUGAGGUCUCCGAGUCACUCUUUGACCACUCUGACCUUUUUUACGUUUAAGGGAACUCAGUAGUUCUCCCGUCUAUUUCAAAUUAAAAGCCCUGCAGUGUUUAGAUAAAUAUAUAAAUCUGUUCAUGUCUUUCCAAAACUUUUAACACAUGUUGAGAUGAAUCCUCAAACAAUCAGCUACUUCCACUCCCAAGACCCUUGUGGUAUUUUUCACAUGGCUGCUGCCCAUUUGAAGAUGAGAUAAGAAGAACUUUAUUGAUCCCCAAAGGAAAGUUCAGAUUUUAUGUAUCUGUUCUGUAUUUUCAGGCUCACAAAAAUAAUUCACUGACAUGAGCUACCUGGCUUUUAUCAGCCACCACUUUUUACAGUGCAACAGUGUAUUCAUAUAGUUUUUUUAAAGCCUUGUAUUUGAAAAUCUCAUAUCUCUGUCAGCUUUGUAUUCGACAUAAACCUUUAAACUGUCUUUUUGUCAUUUCUGUUUCUGGUGGUGAAGCUGUGUGUCAGGUGAUUGGCAUGUACGACUAUGUGGCCCAAAAUGACGACGAGCUGGCCUUCCAGAAAGGUCAGGUGAUCACAGUGCUCAACAAGGACGACUGUGAUUGGUGGAAAGGAGAGCUCAAUGGGAGAGAGGGUCUGUUUCCUAGCAACUACGUCAAGCUUACCACAGAUACCGACCCGAGCACGCAGUGUGAGUACUCACAAACACACACGCAAUCUCACGUGAUUUACAGAACACAGUUGACUGAAAUUAACAUAUUAACAUAUUCUCAAUGUCAAUACAAAGUUUUGUAACACUCACAGGCACACACAGUGAAACACUCUCUCUUUCUGCACACAAACACACACACACACACACACACCCCAGAGCCAGGUGUGGAGAUGCUGUCCCUCUCUCAGUGUUUGACCCUGAAUUGGUUUGACCUCUGACCUUUCACUUUGACACUCCUUUGGGCCUCUUUGAUAACCUCCCAGUCAUGCAACACCUCUGGGUGGUGUUUGUGUGUAUCUGUAUGCCCAUGCAUGUGUGUGUGUGUGUGUGUGUGUGUGUGUGUGUGUGUGUGUGUGUGUGUGUGUGUGUGUGUGUGUGUGUGUGUGUGUGUGUGUGUGUGUGUGUGUAUAUUUGCGCACAUUAGUGUAAAUGUGUUUCCCUCUUUUUCCUGCAUGUUUCCCUUCAGCAUGAUCCACCAUAGACUCAGAGUUUAUAGAGCUGAGCAAAGAGACACAGGCAGUAAAUCUCAACUCAUAAUUGUACAUCAAGACAGCCAAAAUGUGUGUAUCAAAAAACACUCUAAUGUAGACCCAUGGGGUUGAUGGAUGUGGUAAAUAUUUAUGUCAGUAUUUUAGUGGAAUUACCAUGGUGUAAAGUGCUAAAUGAAAUUUAUUUAAAUUAACUAUUAAAAGUUCAUUCAGCCAUUUAAGAUAUUGUCCUGUACAUUCAAAAAGUUUGAUAUUGUGUGACGCCACAAUAAAGGGACAAAUAAAGGAACAAGGUCUUUAGUAAGUAAUCACACUAGAAUAGACAGUACGAAGUCCUUGCAGAUGAACUGUUGAGUAUAGAUUCCUUUUUUUCAAGAGCGAAAGCAAUCUCUAAAAGUUUAUGACCACUACACUUAUGUGUCCAAACAUCUGUUUACACCCUCUGCGGGUAUUUCUUGAAUUAGUAGAUUUUUUUAAUGUAAUUAUAAAAAUACCUUUGCUAAAAUAGUCAACCUCUCACUAAACAAACCAGUGCAAUGCAGAAACAGAAACAUGCACCGGGUUUUCUGUUGGUAUUUCAUUAAUUAAUAUGCUAAGAUAAGAACAGCUGGUAGGAUGAAAUGAGAGGAAAAAGAGCUGCAUUUGGGUUUAUUUUUAUAAACGGGACAAAAUUCAAGUAUUUUCUGAAAUUUGCUGGAAUUCUGAAGCAGUUAAACAUGGCGCAUCAAAUUAAUAGUAAUAUUUUGUUUGAAAAGAAUAAAUUGCAACAUAAACUUUGUUUGCAAUUUGAAAUAAGCGUAUUUUAAAUACAACAGAAUUCUAUUAGGUUUAGUUUAACAAUAAACUGUUAUUUCCUCAACAUCUUUCCUGUAAGAAAGUUUUGGUGUCAAGGAAGAGCUUGUUUCUAAACUAUUCGGUGUUGCUACCCUUGCUAUUUGGCACCAGAAUUUUAAAAACAAUUCAUGAAUAUUUUUAUUAAAGUGGGUCUGAAAUGCCGGUCACGUGUUGUUUCAGCGCUAUAGUGCUGUCACCUGCUAGCUGGGGCUGUAGCGCCAUCUAGUUCAGUGGUUCUCAAGUCCAGUCCUCAAGCCCCCCUUGUCCCGCAUAUUUACGAUGUUUCCCUGCUCCAACACACCUGAUUCAAAUGAUUAGCUCAUUAUUAAGCCAUUACAGAGCUUGCUAACGAGCUGAUCAUUUGAAUCAGGCGUGUUGGAGCAGGGAAACAUCCAAAACAUGCGGGACAGUGGGCCUUGAGAACUGGACUGGAGAACCACUGAUCUAGUCAGUUCCCCCCUUCAUGUUAAUGUGAAGGGAGGAACUAAAGCUUGUGGCUCUAGCUCUGCUACUGCUAGCCAGACUCAGUAAGCCAGUUAAACACUGAUUUCCAAAAGACACUGUAAUCAUUUUUUAGUCAUGCUCAGUUAUUAAUAAUCUCUGUCAUAGUCUCAGCUGAAGUUUUCUCCCUGUAUUAAACAUUAUAAGCAGUCGGACACUCAAUCAUACUGCCUGUUGUCGAGUUGCUCCCUCUACAUCCUCUAUUUCUAUGCUAGAUUAGACCACACCUCCACACUCUCUGUCUUGCUGCACGCUUCACCCACCUAGCACCCGAUUGGUUGUUGUUGUUGUUGUUUUGUUUAGUUGUUUUUGUUGAUGUUGUUGUUGUCGUCCUCUCUCUAGGAUCAUAUCAUUACCCAGAACCCCCCUCUCCUCAAAGCCCUCAAAGAGACCCACUAGGCCACUCAACCAAUGGGACAGCAGCAAGAGGUCACAUGACCCGGAAAUGGCGACUCUCCACCAAUAGAAGCCAGAGAAAGAGAGAGAGAGAGUGACAGACAGACAGACUGUAACGUUUUAAUGCCCAGUGGUGGCGAGAACUCUGUCCAUGCAUGGCUCUGACUCUCCAAACAGCACUGUUCAGCAGGAGGGAGGUCACUAGUCAGGGCUCUCCUUUUCUCCUCCUCCUCCUUCUUUUUCUCUUCUCUUUUUGUUUGUAUCGGUCAGAAAGGUCUUUAGACAGGGAGGAAAGGAAGAAAGGAGGAGUUUGAAGGAGAGCAAAAGAGGAGACGAGACUAUUGAGCUCCUUUCUCCCACAUUGGACUGAUGAACAUGUUUUGACUGGAUCACAGAGAAACACACACUCUCAUACACACACACAUACACACACACACACAGACAUACACAGCCCUAUCGUAGCGUGGUGAAAGUGGAUAGUGGGUCAUUUUGUGGCUUUAUGGGAGACUCUGUCAUUAGAAGCAGUAGCUGAGCUCAUCCCCGCUACUUCCUGUUUUAUUCUAAUUUUAUUUUUUUUUACCCGGCUCCCAUUGGUUCAACAGCUUCAUUCACCUGUCAGUCAAAAGCGCUGGCUCCACCCCCCUCUCCCCCUCACUAACCUACUCCCCUCCUACAGCUUCACAGAAAAGACCCACUAUCUGCUGGAGGACAAGUCUCAAAGUUAAAAGUCUCCUCUCUUCACCUCUCUUCUCCUCAAUACCAAAGAUUCCACCCCCUUCCCCUCUUCCUCUUUUCCCCCCUCUCCGCUUCAAAAGGAGGCAAAUUAACAGAGAGGUGAGGAGGCGUUAUUGAGAUGCGUCCCAGAGCAGUUCAGUGCUGAGUUCCAACCCAGGAGGACGCUCCCCUCUAUGUUUUAACAGUUUAGUUCCUCCUCCUUCUGUAUCUUUCUUUGCUAGAGAAGGAAACAAGGAGGCAUAGAAGUGAGCGAACAGCUGACAUUGGGACUCAGCCUGUAGCUCAGGGCAAAAAAAACAAAAACAAAAGCCAUGCUGUGUAUGCCUAGCUUACAUGCUAACCAAAUUAUAAGCAUACACACACAGACACACACACACAAUGUAACAUGGUACAGAGAGCUGGGAGUAUGCACAUGACUUUUAACAGUGUGAACAAACUGCACACAUAAACACACACAAAUACACACAUCUAUAUGUAUAUCUCACAAUCAGACACAGUAACAGUGUUUUUAUUGGUAGAAGUUUAACAUACUGAAUAUGUAUUAACUUUAAAUGAUCUGUUUUACGUUCUGUUGUUAUUUUUGUUUACAUGUGUAUUUUUUUUGUCUGUUGCUAUGAUGGUGGUGAGAGACUGUCACACUUCUGAGGGCUAAAACCAAGAUGAUUGAAAUAUGACUUGGACCGUUUGGUACCCAUCAUUUAGGGGUGAAAUGAUUUUUUUUCUUGUUUUCAGGAGAAAAAAUGUCUAAAUCUACAAUUGAUCAUUCCAGUCUGAUCAUUUUAGAUUCUGUCUUGGUGAGAGUGAAACAAAAGGAACGAUUACAUUUUCAUGGAUAUCAUUUGAAUUUGAGAGAAAGCCAAGAUGGGGGCGCACAGCUUAGUAUUAAAAUAUAAGCGCAGUGUUGAAAUGGUUAACCCAAAAAAGACACUGAAGUUUGUACAUUUAUUAACUAUCUGCAGUAACACGUCAAACACGAUUUGUUGUUUGCAGUUGAAUUAAGUUUCAGUUUUUAUACCAAAGUAAAUGAAUUCAGUUUUAACUGUAGCUCCACAAGAAUGAACUGUCUCAUCACAUAAAAAAUAGGUCUAGUAUAUGCACCAAAACGACAAACUCUACCCUCGAAAAAAGCUCAGCUGUUGUCAGUGUUACGACAUUUCUGAAACGAGUUAUAUUUCUCAUUUCACUUGAGCUUAACUUUCAUUGUGUGUUAUUCCAGUCUAAGGAGUAGUUUGUCUCUUUAGUAAAUUUGCUUUUAGGCUCGAGUCAAAUAAGGAAACUAAAAGUGUUCACAUCUGUUAGCUGAAGAAGACUCUGGAGCAGGGAGGCAUCUAGCUUUGCUUAGUCUAACAUAGCUCUGCUCAGAGCUCAAACACAUAUAAGAUGGUUGACAUGCUCACAUAAAUGUACUUCUUGCCAGAUGAUAUAAUCAAAUUGUUGCUCAAAUUUCAAGUGUUAUUCAUCGACAGUGUUAUUAACUUUUUUAACUAUUUAAUCAGUAAAAGAAAUCAAUUUGGCUGUACCUUUAAUUUAUCUGUUUUUAGAACAGUUUUAGCAAAUGAAAAAAAAAAGAUGAUUUUAAGUUUUUACUCUCCCUGCACUCUUGAGCGGCUCCAUUGAACUUAAAGAAAAUCAUUUCACCCCUAAAUGAUGUAAAGACAGUGAUCUGUAGCUGACAGUAUCAAGGAUCCUGCUGGGUUUAAUGCUGCAGCAUUCAAACUAUCCGUUUUACUUUUCAUGAAUUUAAAUAACCAAGUACACGGACCAUACUCAGAAUCCAUUAACCUUAUUUUAACAUGUCAUAUUACGGGUUUUCAGAGCUGUAUUUAGAGACCAACAAAAUGGUUCAUAGACAAACAUGCUUUCAAAACUAUACAAUAAUAAAAAUUUCUUCAAAUUUCAUUGAUUCGCUUGGCAAAUAUUUUCCUUUGAAAGCCAUGCAGUGAGGAAGUUCAAAUGCUGUUGUAAUAUUUACAUCAAAUUAACAUCUUAUUUCGUUUGACAACAACAUCUUUUUAACUGGUAGACCAGAAAAAGCACUGUUUUUUUGUCAACAACAGUGAAUUAAUCUUUUUAGCAAAACUUAAUGUAUGCUAGCUCGUGGUACCCUUAGCCCCAAUAUUUGCCUGACUGCUAGCAUAGCCUGAUUAUUAUUUUUUUUUUAUCUAGAUGAAGGUUCUUGAGUUAUCUAAAGAGCUCCAGAUUGACCAUACAAUGUCUUAGUUGUUGCUUAAUAAUCUUUAAAAAAAAGUUAAAGACAUUGAGGUUCCAGUUUCUAUGUAAUUUACUUGGAUGACAUUAGUAGAACAUGACAGCAGCAUAUCAGCUUCCUUAGCCAAGCAUGACAUCAGCGAAAAAUGGCUGCCAUGUGAAUAGAAUGAACUUCCAGCAUUAACAAAACCGCCCUUACAUUUGUUCCCAUAGCAACAGACGAGUAUUAUAGUGGUUGCCAUAUCAGAUUUGUAUUUUUGUUUUUGUUUUGUUCAUCCAGAUGACAGUAUUGUGAUUUUAAUGUUUACCCGCAAACACAAAGGAUGAUUAAAAUGAUGAUUGAAACUACGCAACCUUUUUUAUACAACAAGCAAUAGAGUUGUUGCUAUUAUAAUUAUAAUUAUGAACGUCAUUGGAUCCCAUUGGCUCCUCAAGUGUGUCAGUUGUUGGAGGUGAAAGUCUCUGCUAAGUGUGUUGAACACCAUCUGUGCUUAAACAAACUGAGGCUGGAGGCCUUCAUGUUGGUCACUGGUCAGCUUGUUAAGGGUCCCCGUGGGACUGAAAGACGGGCGGGUUUUUAGAACAGCUUUACUCAGUUUGUUAGCAGAUGGUGGAAACUUCACACAGUCAGAGGGAGUAUUUUGGGUUGGAACAAAGACCGGUCUAGACCAGAGCCAUGCUCCACACUACUCAGAUCAGUGUCUUCUACCUGAUCACACCUGUUACAACAUGCAAACCCUAUCAUCUGUAGCAAGAUACUCGUCAUAUAUACUGUAUCAGAGGAACUCCUGUGACGGUUUUGAACAGAACAUACACUUUCUCUGAAGCAUGGCUCUGCCCUAGUCCGGUUCAUAAAAUAAAAACAAAAGCUGUGUAUGACUUAUAGUUAAUCUAAUGAAUGGUAAUGGUUGGUGCUUCAUGUGAUUAUAAAAUGCAACUCUAAUGAAUGAGCGAAUGGAUUAACAGCCAGGCCAAAUGUAACCAGACUGCACUUGGUGUCAAUGCAUGCAUGAAUGAAUGAGUGAGUGGGUUUUGUGGAUAUGAAUGUUUAGGUGGAUACACAAAGGAAUGAAAAGAGUUUACUUGAAUGAAUGAAUGAAAUGUACAGAAUAUUAGCCUAGCUUUGGUAGUAAAAAUGUCCCGAGGUUUUUAUUGGUGGAGAUUCUGACUCGUUCUGAUGAUUAAACGCUCUGAGACAGACUGCAGUUGACUGGCCUCCUUACUCCUGCACAUACUCACACAAACACACACUCGCUUCUCAUCAGACCUGAUUUUAAGGUGUCUCAUCUUUUUCAAAGGUCGUUGGCCUGUUUUUCAACCUUUCCAUCGAAUGUUUUUGAAAUCAGAGUUGCACUUCCUCUUCUUUAUCUGUUUUUGCUGCCAUGUUACAAAAUUUGCUGUAAAAGAUUCAAGGCACACAUUUCUUACCACUGUAUGACAUUAUAACACUUGAAAAAAGUGGCUCUUUGACCAGCAGGAGACAUUACUCAUGCACACUUAAGUUGAUUUGAAUAUAAAAUACAGGUUUGUGUAUCACCAAUUUAAAUUAAUGAAAGCCAAGUAAUUCCAUAUCUGUAGAUUAAAUCAAGUGACUAUGUCUAAUGUUCAAGUGACGGCUUGAUUUAAAGCAAUCAGAAAAAGUAACCCACUCGUAGUUUUUUGAAGCUAAAGGUUUGUAGCUUGAAGUCAUAGGAAAAUUAACAAUAAUUUUCCAUUUAUCUUUGCUCCAAACUUAAGCCCAACACCUUACAUGCUUAGUAAAACACCCAAUUCCAAACUGCACAGUAAGUGACUGUUAAAUGAAGGGACUCCUGAGAAUUUAUUCAGGUAGGAUCCUCUGUACAGAGCUUCGAUUUCACACUAGGCAUCAAUUACUCUCACCUUCACCUGACAAAUAUGUCAUUGUAAUUGAACAGCCAUCUGGGGCUGAUUUCCUGUGUCUCCUCUAGGGUGUCAUUGCCACUCCCUGCUCUGCUUCACCUCUCCUGCUAGCUUAAGGGGACGUCUGCAUAUAAUUCAAACUGCACAAAAACAAACAACAAUCUGCUGCUAGUAAAAUAUUUGGGAGAAAUCACAACCAUUGUCAAAAAGAAAAAACCUUUAUCAUUGAAAAAUAAAACCUGACUAAUUCAGAAUAUUCAGACCAACUCCCCCCUCCUUUUGUCCCACUGCCUGUUUGUUGAUUUCAGGUAUGUAUGUUGUCAGAAAUACAUUCGUACAGCAAAGAAAGGGUUUUAUUUUGCUCUGUCCCUUUGUCAGGAUUCUUGACUGAGAGUUGUGUGUGUGUGUCUGUGUGAUGUUUGUAUUACAGGGUGCGCUGACCUCCACCUUCUUGACAUGCUGAGUCCAAUGGAGAGGAAAAGACAGGGUUACAUCCAUGAGUUGAUUGUCACUGAAGAGAACUACGUCAACGACCUGCAGCUUGUCACAGAGGUAAAACUUCAAGAGUGUCUCACCCAUAUGUGACGCACAUUGUUGCGCAGCACGUCCCAAAGACCUUGAUUUUUGCAAGCCAGCACAAAAUAGUUCCUGGAGUUAAAAAGUUGUUACCUCAGUGGCAAAUCCCAUUGAGCAUUUUUUGGUCUAAAAGAGGUCUAAUAGAUGUCUAAAUGUGGCCUAGAUGACUGGUCUAAAAUCAGGCUACCACAGGUCUAAAAAUGAAAGUAUUUUUAGAUGUCUAAAUUUAGACCACGUUUAGACUAAGUCUAAAUCUGGGUGAUAUCUAUACUACACUGUAUAUUACUCAAUGGCUAUCAUAAUUAUUUCAUUAAGUACUUGGAGAUUAGUUAUGAAACUCACAGUUGCUUUUUGGAGUAAAUGGUUAUCAAAUAAUGGGUUAAAGUGCGACGUCUAAAUUCCAUCUAAAAAUCUAGACGGUUGAAAUUAGGUCUGAAGAAAACUAGACGUCUAAUAGCUGUCUAUUGCUCAGUGGGAUACUGUGUGUGAAAUGCUGUCUCAUGAAAGCGUAUCAGGGCUGAGAGAAUCAAAUUAUCAAUACCAUUUUGGCACCAAGAGUCUUUUACUAGAAAGCGGUCUCCCAUUGACUCGUUCAGGGUGAUGCAAAGGUGAUCAUAUAAAAUCCAAAUUAGCUUUGGAGAAGAAAAACAACUUUCAAGUCAAAUUUCUGACAUGUUUAAAUACAGUAGUUUUACUGAAAAAAAUGUGGUAACUUUUGUGUCUGAGUGUAGAUCUUCCACAAGCCUCUGCUGGAGUGUGAGCUGCUGACGGAGAAGGAGGUGGCCAUGAUUUUUGUCAACUGGAAGGAGCUCAUCAUGUGCAACAUCAAACUGCUCAAGUAAAGACAAACACCGAACACACAAAGUAACCACCACUGUUACUGUGGUUAGGUUACUGUUUCCAACCUAAUGUACCAAUGUUAAUGACUUUAUCAAAGUUAUGAGACCUUUUUUGAUGAAUAAUUUUUAUUUGGAAGUAUACAAGCACAGAUUUACAAGAUGUUUACAUUACAUAUUUCCACUUUUUUUUUUCCUUUUAAAUGGAUGCACAUAUAUAUGGGUUAACAUAAAUUCAAAUAACAAAGCAUUUUCAGAUGAGGAUACGCUAUACCUACUUUUGAUAUAUGUAAUUACAUGUGUAAUUUACCUGUAAAGUGUGCCAAAUAAAAAUAGAUAUUAAAAAAAAUGCUUAGUUACAACACAAGACACAUACAUACAAAAGCAGUUUUAGCAUGUAAAGGUGGACUACAAGUAGGAAAAAGAAAAAGAACACAGGCCAGAUUAGUACAAAAUAAUACAAUCGAAGUGAGGGCAAAGGAAAGAAAAAGAAAGUAAUAAUAAAUAGAUAAAAUAGUGCACAAAAUCUUUUGGAAACGGUACUGAUAUAAAGGAGAGGAAACAGGUAAAAAGGUAAGAUGCUGAGAUGGACUGGAAUUAUCACAAGACAGAUACUGUUAACAGGAGGAGUCAACUAAAUGUCGUCAGGUAGGACACCCAGUCCACCUUCAUUAAGUUAUGUUACUUAUCACAGUUUAAAACUUCAUUGUGAGAUGUUUUGACAGAGCAGUAAAACAUGAGAAGUCCAGAUUAGAAAGUUUCACUUAGUUCAACAACGUCAAACCCCCUUUCUGAUUCCCAAAGAAAUUAUUUCUCAAUGUGAAGCACAUUUUACAUGUUUUUGGACACUUCCUGACCCAUGAUAUUGGUAGUAAUUCCAGCAAAGGCGACAGAGUAAGUGUCAUUAUCUUUAUUAGAAAAAAAAAGACAAGUUACAAGAUUGUCAAACCCAGAAGAAACCUCUCGGAUGUGAGCUGAGGAGACUGAAAUUCCAGGAAUAGCCACUUAAUGCUUACCCUAAAAGUGGGUCUUCAUGUUACAACACCCAUGUGCUAAGUGUGGCACAAAACUGGGUACUUUGAAUGGUAGUUACCAUAAACACGGCAUGCAGCACACUGAUGCACAUACAGGCAAACCACAUGAAGUGAUGAUUUUGCUUCUCAUUUGCAAACCAGGAUGAGUUAUAUACAAACAUUUACUUGAUUUGAAUUUUAGACAUCUCAUUUGUUUAAAAGUAACAAAGUCCAGUUCAGUUCAAUGAGGGCUGUGGUUGUAAAAUAUACUUUCUUUUUCUAUUUCCUCCCUCUCCAGUCUGAAACAGAGCUUUUAGGCCUUGUAAAAGUUCACAUUUGGUUUAAUUAGGUUUAGUAUUUAUAUCUAAAGUGAAGUAAAAUACUGAAGAUGUUCGAUCAACAUGUAAGAAUCCAUGGAUAGCAGGUUUUAUCCACUAUAAUACAGCAGACCAUCUUUCCCCCUGUAGAGCUCUAAGGGUGAGGAAGAAGAUGUCAGGUGAUCGGAUGCCCGUAAAGAUGAUUGGUGACAUCCUGACCAACCAGCUGCCUCACAUGCAGCCCUACAUCAGGUGCUGUCUGACGUCUUUAAAUGUCACCUAUCGUGCUGUCUGGCUGCUGUUUGACUCAGGCUGAGUUUCAUCAUGUCGGUGCUUUCAUCAUUUUUGUGUUCAGGUUCUGUUCAUGUCAGCUGAACGGAGCCACGCUGAUUCAGCAGAAAACGGAUGACAACCCUGAGAUCAAAGACUUCCUCAAGGUAUAAAACACACACACACGCACACACACACACACACACACACACACACACACACACACACACACACACACACACACACACACGGACACACUGCCCUCCCACUUUCUGUGUUACCUUCCAGCAUUUAAUCUCAAACCCUCCCACUUCUACAUAGCAAAAGCAAACUAGCCCUCUGAUGCAUGAAUUAUGAAAGCCCUGAUCAAGAUUUUUUUCAUAAGUGUUUUUAUCAUUCUCAGGACAUAAAAGAACAUGUUAAACUGUUUUUUUCCAAAAAUGUUAUUUUUUCACAAAACUACAGAAGUGUCCAUUCAAGUGGACUAUAUGCGCCUGAGCACUCAACACAAAACAUUAUGAACUUACAGUAAAAUGUACAGUACACCAAAAUAUGCCAAACUAUCUCCAACAUUGGAAACAAUAUUGUAAGUCCCCACAGUACAAUAAAGAUUCAGGACUGACAUUAGCAUGCCCUUAUACGAGCAUGUUGUUUUCAACAACAAAAACUGACAUUUUAGUCCCUGCAUCUCCAAACAUGUCUCUGCUCAUCACACCUAGGAUGUAUGAAAGUUGGCAAAGCAUCCAGGGCACAAUGGCACACAGGCUUUAUAUGAGCACAGGAUUUGCUCAUAUCUGUUUACAGACAUGGCAUUUGCAAUCAUCCCUAGACGAAGGCCAUCCUCACUAGACCAGUACAUUUGUGCCCUGGGAUAACGAAUGUACCCCAUGAUCAUGUUGAUCCCUAAAAAAGUCUGCAUUUCCUCUCCUGUCACUGCCACAUUUUCUUUCCCUUUCUGGGGAGCAUACAAGUUUGUGUUUUUUUUAUAUCAUCAAUGAGAUCUGCUGGAAACAGAUGUCUGGAGAAGUCUAUAGGCUCUCUUCCCUCCACAUUGAAUUUCCACUGUCCUAGAAAAGGAGGCAAAUCUCUAUCAAAGUGAUUGUCUUGGACUUUCCAGAUAUUUUUGCGAGCUUGAGAAUGGUCAGGUGUCAUGUGCCCAUUUUCCACAGCUCCCUGAUCAUGCUGACCUUCCCCUGCAUCCUGCCUCUCAUCAUCCUGGUCCUCAUCCACUUGACUAUAGGCACCUACCCUUUCUGCACCCUGACUGUCUGUAUCUCCAUCAUCCUCAGCUCCUACAUGUCUAUUCUUCUCUGGCAGCCACUCUUGGUCACUGUUACACACUAAUUACACUGUAUACACUGAUUUAUAACCAAAACAGCCACAAGUAACAGAGGAGCAAUUACAUGACUCCUGUUAAAAAAAAUACUGGGUGAUGCAUGAUGUCCACUCAGUUGGACACAUGGUUAAUUGUAAUUUUCUACAAAUUGGACAUGAAAUUUUCAAUUCCAAAUGGAUAUUAUCCUUCCUUAGAUGUUACAGGAUAUCAUCAUAUUUUUUUUACAGCUGGGGUUCUUCUACUAUAGAAGUAUUGACAGGACAUGCCAGCUGUAGUCAGCAGGGGUGGCUGUUUCUCGGCCAUCUUGGAUUUGUAGGAAAUUUACUUGCAGUUACACUGAUUACUCACUAAAUGUAACUCAAUGGAGUAGGGCAGUAGAGAGCACCCUAGAGGCUGAUAUUCACUUCCACCAUAGAAACCAUUGCAUUUAAGAGAAAAAGAGUUUUUGGUAGCUGUCCACUGUAGUGACCACUAUGAACCAGAGGGCUAGACCGUCAGCAGCUUGAUUAUUUAUAUGCAGACAUUUUUUUUCUGUCUGUUUCUGCUGUCAUCAAGUUGGUGAUGAGGAAGCAGUUUACAGCACACAGACUGGAGCUGCCUAUUUUUGAAAGAUUCACAGUCUUUAUGUAACAGUUAAAAGACGACACUGGAUAAUUGUUGGUCAGAAAAUACCACCCAUCCAUGACCAUGAUUGAAAAAGCACUUUAAAAACACAAACAGAGGUCUUCAGAGGCAGUUUUAGGCAGGAUAGUGUCUAUAUCCAGUCUUUUGUUUGUCUCUGUUGAAUCCAGAGUAGGCUGUGUCAAAUAAAAAGAAAAAAAAUUCCAUUUGUUUGAAUUUUGUCUUGAUUUUUCUCUCUUUCAGAGGUUAGCCAUGGAUCCCAGAUGUAAGGGGAUGCCUCUGUCCAGCUUCCUGCUCAAACCCAUGCAGAGAGUCACACGCUACCCGCUUAUUAUCAAGAAUGUGUGUAACCACACGUCUUUCAUAUUCACGUUAAGAUGUUUUUAAGAAUUUAAGACAACCUCCUUACUUUUUGCUUUCAAUUCAACAGAUCUUAGAAAACACUCCAGAGUCUCAUCCAGACCACAGCCACCUAAAAGCUGCUCUGGAGAAAGCCGAGGAGCUGUGCUCACAGGUGAACUCACAUCUCUCAAACACACAUAUAUUUUAAACUGAAGAGUCAGUCAAUUACAUGUUCAGCUAAAUAGCCUCUUAAGACGCACACAUCAAACACACGUGGCUGACGGGAAACUGAUCAAAUAUGUGUGUUUGUGUGUGUGUGGUUUUGAAGGUGAAUGAGGGCGUCAGAGAAAAGGAGAACUCAGAUCGUCUGGAGUGGAUUCAGGCUCAUGUCCAGUGUGAAGGCCUGUCUGAGGUAACACACAGUCAAUUCAACUUAUACAUCACCUUUCAUACAAACAUGCAAACACACGUAAAAUUAUCCGCUCACAAACACAAAACCAACAAGCUUGCUGCUCAUUGUUUCUGUUGUGUACAUUCGCACUAGUUACAACAUUAAAGAUUUAAACAUGUCUGUUUUUUUUACGUUAAAAGGGUUAUAAAUAUGCAGAGAUUACUUGAUUUCUUAAAAAUCUUCUAUUUUUAAUUCCUCCCUUUUAUUUCUCUCUUCAACACCUGUGGUGACAUGUGGUAUCAUCAUGCAUGUUUUUAUGUUACAUAGAACUUGUGCUCUCAAAGUAGGGCUGGGCGAUAAAACGAUAAAGAUAUAUAUCAAAAAUUAAUUUACCUCAAUAUCAAUAUGAAACAUGGUCAAUAUGCUUUUCGAUAGUUGGCAUUCUGCCAUGUUUUGGUAGACUAUACAAAUACCUAAUGAAAAGGGGAGUUGCUCCAAGUCCGCUUUGCGCUAAACCAAUCAUGUGCUGAAUUAGAACCAAGUAGCAAACUAGUACAUGCAACCAUCGCACUUUAACACGUGAAGCUGACAGCAGCACUGUCGGUGAGAAAAAAAGAAAAUGAGUGCUACCCCUGGCAGAAAUGCAGAUGAAGGCACAACAGAUGAUAUCGUCAACAACACUGGCAAGAAAACGUUGGUGGUGUGGAGGUAUUUUGGUUUUGGGUUGGACAUGAUGCAGAGUAAUGUGCACUGCAAAUCAUGUCGAGUACAUGUUCUCGCAAAGUCGGGGAAUACCAUAAAUGUUUUUCACCACCUGAAGCAGUGCCACGUAGCAGAGCAUGCACAAUGCAAAUAUCACCCAAAUAUUUCCUAUAUCGCCCAGCCCUAUAUCAUAUAAAGGCAAGCAAAGACCAUAAAAUCUCUCCUGGAUGUAGAGAAUUUACAGAGCUUUGUUAAAAUGAAAAUCUCUGAGGUUAGAUCUUUAGAUGGAAUAAAAUGUAAAAUGUCUAACAGCCUCGUUAUUUCAGAACUUCAUCUUGAUAAACCAUGAAAUUAGGAUAACUGGCCUAUCCCUUCAUUUGUAAGAGUGAACUGGGUCUCGUCCAUGCCAGUUUGUUAAAAUAACAUGAACAAAGAGAAUCAGACUACAGAUCCAUUAGACUAUAUCAUUUUAUAAUCUAAAUUGUUUUAAUGUGUUUGACAUGUUAUAGCCUAAGUUGAUCAUUUAUUCAUGGAGAUAAAUGAAUAUCUUUCCCUCUCUGCCCUCCAGCAACUGGUGUUUAAUUCAGUCACAAACUGUCUGGGUCCCAGGAAGUUUCUCCACAGCGGAAAGUUAUUCAAAGCAAAGAGCAGCAAGGAGCUCUACGGCUUCCUCUUCAAUGAUUUCUUGCUGCUGACACAGGUGAGCCUGAAACCCCCCUGUCUGACCCUGUGGCUGUCAGUGCUGGGACUAAAGAAAGACAAAGGAAGUACAGUUAGAGGGGCUCCAGUCUCAGUUUUUUGGGGUACAUGUGUGUCAUUUCAUGCUGCUUGCUACUUCCACAUUGCUGCGUUUGAAGUGAAAGUCUGUAUUUAAAAUGUAAACAAACACAGGUUCUGCAGAAUAUCCUUGAAAGACAUUUCUCUGUGUUCCUUGAACAGGUUACUAAACCUCUGGGCUCUUCAGGUUCAGACAAAGUCUUCUCCUCAAAAACACAUCUACAGUACCGCAUGUAUAAGACGGUAAGAAGAAAGCUUACGUGCACAGGUUGCUUUUUUAUUGUGCCAUUUCAGUAUUACAUCGGGUCAUUUUGCAAAAAAAUUAAAACAGUUUUGUUAAUUGCAAUUUUUUUUUUCAGUUUUCUUUGUGUGUCAUAUAGUAUUUAAAGAACUUUCAAUGGAUUUAUUUGAUAGAAACUUUGUUGAAUGAGAUUAGAAAGAAAACAAUUUUCUGAGCUGUGGACCUCAGAAAACUGGGUUUGAGUAAAUUGUCAAUAUUUAUGCUGUUUUUACAUUGAAGUAUGUUUUAUCUUAACUGUGUUUUCAGCCCUUAUGAUUGCUGGACUUUUUUGUCUUUUUCUUGUGUCUUCCAGCCUAUUUUCCUCAAUGAAGUGUUAGUGAAGCUGCCCACAGACCCGUCAGGAGACGAGCCUCUGUUUCACAUCUCGCACAUAGACAGAGUGUACACGCUCAGAGCUGAGAGCAUCAAUGAAAGGUAACUUGUAGCUUUGUGCAGAAAUGAAGCCUAUUCAGAUCCUUUCAUUCAGCAGAAGCACCAAUACCACUCUGUGAGGGUGCUCCAUCACAUGCAGAAGCCCGGCAUAGUCAAUAAUUUAGUGUUAAAAUCUGGAGAAUUUUAAUCUAACAGUCACAGUCCAAAAAUACUUUCAUUGAAGUGAAGGAUUUUUUGGGUAAUUUUCUCCUAUUUUUGUCCAUGAUCAUGACAUUAUAUGUUGGCCUGUGGUCUCUCCAAUCAAGCAGGAUAUUAAAAACAAUAGAAUAAACUAAAAUAAAUACAAAUACUGAACCCCACCCACCCUCCCAACCCUCUUUUAACACAAACAGCCCUGACACACACAGAUGCACACACAAAAGACUAGGUGAGGACUCUUCAAGUUGUCGUAGAUGACUGAAGAAAUGUUAUCUUGAGUUAAAAAACAAGGAAACACUGGACCUAGGACUAAAGCAAUAUUACCAUGCUAAAAUAUAAUCAAGGUAACAGAGCGUUUAAAGGUAAUUAAACAAAACAGUCUUAAAAUCAAGCAAUAAAAGAAAGAAAAUUAGAAAUAGGUAAUAAAACUGAAACAUAUAGAACAUUAAAAAGUGCAAAAAUUUCAUUUCAAAAGUCUUGAGUAUGGGGUGCACAGAUGGCCAAGUGGGUUGUCCUCCCCCUUCUCUCCACCUCCUCACAUUUCACUCUGUACUAUCAAUAAAACUCAAAAUGCCCCCCAAAUUUUUUUAAAAAAGUCUUGAGUAAUAACCAAGACUAAUCUUUGUCAAAGGUCUUUAAAGUCUUCAGUCCUAAAAUUUAGAACUUUAGUCCAAUCCCAGUCAAGUCAUGGGAGUUGAAUAUCUAUUAGUGUAAAUGAGUUAGCUAUCAUUCCUCAAGUGAUCAAAUGAUGAGUUUUUAAAUAAUAAAAAAUAAAAUCAUAAAUUUAAGAACAACUUUUUGCUUGUAAAAAUGUGUUUUAACAUGCAUUCACUACUGCUGAUAUAAGUCAGAUUCAUCUUUUUUUCUUUGGCGUUAUAAAGUGUGUGUUUUUUGUGUUUGUGUUUGUAUUCACACAGGACGGCGUGGGUUCAGAAAAUCAAAGCAGCUUCAGAACUCUUCAUUGAGACAGAGAAGAAGAAGAGAGAAAAGGCAUAUCUCGGUAUUUUUCUUUUCUCCAUCUGACAUUUCUAAAAAAGACAGAACUUAAUUUAUAUUAUUUAAAAAAAAAAACUAGACACACUCGGUUUCUAAACGGUAACUUUUUGUCUCAGUACGAUCUCAGAGGGCGACAGGUAUUGGUAGGCUGAUGGUCAACAUUGUGGAGGGAAUCGAGCUCAAACCCUGUCGUUCACACGGUAAGUAUGCACUACAACACCGAGGAUUGAAAAAAGAGAAUAGGUGCACAUUGACUUGAAGUCAUUCAGUUGGUAGAGUCACUUUAUUUAAAAGGAAAAACACCUGAAGACACAUUUCUGGUCCAAACAAUAUUUGCCUUGAUACUCAGGGACAUGACACAGUUGACAAAGACUGUAGUCAAGAGUCUGUUGAUGUCUGGAUCCAUAUUAGACCUCCGUACAAGGUUUAAGACGUUUAAUCUGCUUAUUUGGUUCAAACUAAACUGACUGUGAUCAACUUGAAUAUGGCCUCUCUUUGCUUUUCUGUAUCAUAUACAUGAAGUACAAAUGAUUGCAUGUUUGUCUUUAUUUACAGGAAAAAGUAACCCAUACUGUGAAGUAACCAUGGGUUCACAGUGCCAUAUCACAAAAACAUUACAAGUAAGACUUUGGUUAUCACAUUUCUCUGUUUCUUUUCUAUAAUUUUGACAAAUGCUUAAAGGAGUUAUAAAAGAAUAAAAAAGGAAAUAUUAGGUUGUGUUUAAAUCAAGACGUCUGCUAGACCUGCUUUGUUUCUUAUCACUGAGAUGACUUGAGCUGUGGUUUGGAACUUUUUUAAUAACACUGACAUGACCUGACAUGUAAAAAAAAAAACAAUGAAAAGUUUCCUCUUGGUUGCUGCUGUCAGUACUAAUAAACCCUUAUACUAAGUAAUAAUUCAGAUUGGUGUUUUAUCAAUAAAGGAGAUCACUCAGGUCUAGAAAAAAAGUGGUUUGUAUUUCAGAAAAGAGUACCAGACCACUUAUUUUGCUUUGUUUCUCUGUGUGUUGUUUCUGUUCAGGAUACUUUGAAUCCAAAGUGGAACUCCAAUUGUCAGUUUUUUAUAAAGGACCUGGAACAGGACGUCCUCUGUGUCACUGUGUUUGAACGAGAUCAGUUCUCACCUGAUGGUCAGUAACACACCACUGGCUCCCCUUAUUUUUUAUAUUUUUACCCACUCUCACAGUUUGUGUCCUCUUUCUCCUUCCAGACUUCCUAGGCAGGACAGAGAUCCGGUUGGCUGAAAUAAAGAAGGACCAGGGCUCUAAAGGACCAAUUACAAAGCGGUUGCUGCUCCAUGAGGUUCCAACGGGAGAGAUUGUGGUCAGACUGGACCUCCAGCUGUUUGAAGAACCGUAAAAGCUGGACGAGGCCGUACUGGAUCGGGUUGGCCCAAUAAGGACUUAAAAGAUCUGAUUUGGACAAGUCAAUUGGAUUGGAUUAGACUGGACUGGUCUUGAGUCACUUAGUCUGGGCUGGUUUGGUUUCUCAGUGCUUUUAAAGUCUUCAAAAUAGGUAGCCUAGGUAAAUCAGCAAUUUUUGUUGCAUUUAUUGAAAAAAAAAGGCAAAUAUUUUGAAUAUUUGGACUAUGGAGGCUGUAUAGUGACAAAAAGGGUGUUCGCCCAAAAAGCCGUGGAACUCAAAGGCAGCUGCUUUAUGGUUGUGUUAUGACAUGAAAAUUGCACUGCUGCUACACAAGACACUCAGAUGCAGCUAACAGUCUCUGUCAACUCACCAUGGACUAUGGAAACAACACAGUUUAAUAGUUACUUCAUAUGUUUAAUAACCAUUAAUACAUCUGAUCUGUCUGCUCCUGUAAUUGUCCAAUUUGCAGAGUAUGAAGAAUACUAUGAAAUAUACACGCUACUCAGAUAUUUAGAGGGGCUGCAGUAUCAAGACAAACAGCAGGGGGCAGUAUCACAAAGAUGUCCUCUGUGUCUGUUGAAAUAAGGAGUUCACAAUCAAAGUUUUCAUGAACAUAUCAUUUUGAAUGAUUGAAAUUUUACUAGUUUCUACCAGUUUAAAUCUAUCAAAUUCAGGAUGAUUUUGUUGUUGAUUAGUUCAGUUUUGAAAACAGUCACGUGUGAAGAUAUGUAGCAGUCUUUCUGUCCUUAUUCUUAUGGAAAAGACAAUGAAAAUAUUUCAGCAAACAUUUCCUAUGUCAACCUCACCGUUCUUACGGAUUAGUUCUUCACCAUCAAUGAUCUUGUGCUACCUAGAAGUUAAAAAAAAACAAAUCCUGUUUCCAGCCCAGUCUAGUCUACACCCCUCCUCAUUCAGCCUGUUCCAGAUCAACAUUCCAGUCCAGUCUGGUCCAGUUUAAUGAACACUAGUCCUCUUGGAGAUCAGAGCCGGAUCUUUAGUGUUUCCUCUUCCUUCUGCUUCAUCAGGCAGUCUCACAGACACUCCAGUGACAAUCCCAGCCCCUCCUUCUUCAUCCCAACAAACGCAACCGCCCUGUGUGUACGUGUGUAAAUGAAUGUGUGUUUGUGAGAGAGUGUGUGAGAGCGUGACAGAGCUGGUAUGAAUGAACGUGUGAGUAUGUGUCAAAGUGGACAGGCUCAUUAAAGGUACGGUUCAGUGUAUAUUUCCUUUGUUUUUCAUGUCAAGUCUUACAGAAGUCUUAAAGUUCAGGCAUUGAGGUACUGAGCAGGUAAAGGGGCUUUUGAAUUUUUGCUGUUUGGACCCUCACUGAACACUUGUCAGGUUAUCUCAGAGAGUGCUUAAUAUGUACAGAUUCAAUGGAAAACAUUAACCAUGCUAAUAAGCUGAAGAUAAAGACAGAUUUACUCCAAUAUAUGACAAGUGUUCAGUGUAGAUUAAGUGUAGACCUGUCAGGAUGUCCCUUUCAGUUGUUUUAAUAAUAAUAAUGAUAAUAAAAAUGCUGAUAAUAAUACGGCUGAAACAAAGCCAACCAGGGAACAAGUGUGAAUUUAGGCAGCUGGAUUCAAAGCUGUGCUGUAAACGGAAUGUCUUAUUAUUUUUGGGGGGAAAUCAGACACACUUCUAGUUGUAGUUUCAAGUGAUUUUAGCCAAACAUCAAACCUCUGUUGUCAUGUUGCUGCUGUGCAGAGCCGUCACAGCGGCCAUCACUAUGCGACAACCCUGAAAAGCCUAGGGGGCCACAGCUGGACCCUCAAAUAUGUUAGGUACUGCGUAGAUGUAUUAGACAAGAACAGACUUAGAGUACAUUUUCACACUUUGACCCUGAGGAAGCUCAGUGAUGAAGCACUUUUUAAAACCACAAUGUCGCUAAUGUACGAGGCAAGAAGAAGAAGAUCUUUAUUUAUCCCCGAAGGGAAAUUUAAUAAGGGGGACGCAACUCCACAGAUGUGUUGAUGAGAGCCAUUUUGAAUAUUUAGGUCUGGUCAGGAACUCUAUUAAACAUAAAACUGACAUAAGUCCUUCAUUUCCAAAUACUUCAAUCUGAGUUUACACAUUUGUCGUAUCAGUGGUCCUCCGCAGUGAGUGUGGCACUUUCAUUUUUCAGGACGUUACUCUGACAGAGAGCAUUUUUGGUAUUUUUUCUGAAUAUCACCAGGUUGAUCCUUGGAAGCAGAGUUUGCUUUUAAAACUUCAGGUGGAUAUGAUUAUUUCCAAGAAAUUUGGAGACCAGAAGCUAAAAUGACUGAUUUGGCUUCCUUAAGAUUUGGCAGCUUCCAAAUGGUCCAGAUGUUGUAUGUUUACAAACUGUUUCCCAAGAAUGUUAGGGAUCCUACGGUUUUCAGAUUUGUUUUGGAAGAGGAGAAGUCAAAAUACAACAAAUGUUUUUUUCAUUUUUUCAGCUUUUAAAGCUGCCACUCACUUCUGGUGCCUUCAUACUGAGGCUAGCUAUGUUACAUUUAUGAUGAACACUGAUGUAUUUUUUUUAAACAUUUUUUUCAACAUCCUUUUUUUAAAUUAUUCAUUUCUAAACAUAUCGUUUUUGGUAUUUCUUAUCUCAUACUCAGGAGUGUUUUUGAAAGCAGCAUUAAUCUUCUUUCCAAACCUGAGUAUUCAAAAUGGCUGCUGCGUAGGUCAACAGGACAGAUAACCUUGCUGGUUUGUGUAGAAGAGUUGUAGAUAUGUUAGCAAGUGGGUGAAAAGUAGUUAAUUAUUUUAAUUUGAUGCCAAGGUUACUACCAUAAAAAUAACCAACAGUUACCUUAGUGACCAGCCACUGUCCAAUCAAAUGUCGGAGAGGCUCAGCCAGGUGCAGCAGCCUGACUGUGGAGGAAGGUGUGAACGAAUGUUUGUGACUCUCGACUGAAGCUGAUGAUAAUGAAAAUAAUAAUGAAUGAUUAUGAUGACUUUGUCUAAGAUCCCCAUACUGUUUUCCAGUCCCCACUCCACGCUGUUCUGAAACUAAUCCAGUUUGAAUCCGCUCUUACUGUUCCAGGAUGUGUAUAAUACUACUGCUAUCUGAGAGUUAAUAUAUGAGCGCUACUGGGGCGUUAGAGACAGCCUACUGUUAAUUAUCACUGUAGAAGAUGAUGUACGUUGUUGUCUUUCAAUGUUCAGAAUAAACUUCUGUUGGACCAAGACUGCAGCUGUCGUCUGAUUCCAUCGGGAC